AAUGCCGGGCGAGGCGCCCCUCCGGGAAGCGCGACGUAGGCGCCCCUCCUGCACCCGACGGCCUCUCCUGCGGGGCUUCUAGCGGCAAGCGAGUGUGCGCGCAGAAGGCGGCGCCUGAGGCGAGGUGGCGCGGCGUCCUGCUCCCCGCCCCGUUUCUGGGCUGCCUCCUCCGAGCCGGCAGGGCGGCUUCCUGCUAUUAGUGCCCGGACGGGAUUGGGGAAGCACCUGCAGCGCGCCGCCGAGAGGGUGCAGCUUGCCGGGGCUUGAAGCGUCGCAAGGAGCCGGGGCUGGGGAGCGCGCAGCCUCGUCCCUUCCUUCCUAUCCAUCCGCGGGGCAAAAGAAGAGAGAGAGGGGAAAGUCCGCUUUUGGUUGCUGCCGGCGCUUGGCGAGCGGCUUCGCAGCGCGAGGGAAGGAGCUAAGCGGGAGAGUUGCUGGAAAGUGGAGGUGAGCGAGCCAAGGAGCCGGCGCCGAGGCGUGCGGGAAGUUUGGGUAGGAGCUGCGAAUUGGUCAGAUCCGUUAAAAAAGGGCUCCGCGCGCAGCCCGAGCCUUGCGGCGUGAUUCCUCGGGUGCAAGUGCCGCUUGUUCCCGGCGAAGACCUCGUAGCAUUGCAGCCUUAAAGCGCGAGGAUAGCGCUGUAGCUUAGCUAAAGGGGCUAGAUAUGUGCAUGAGAUCUGGUCCAACUUGAUUUCAAAGAGAGAACCAGUUCCAGCAUCUAAACGCCUCCUGCUUUUUUUAGGUUACCAAGAUUCUAAGGAAACCCCAAGUGCUCCCUUCCUUCUUGCCGGGUGCAAGGAACUGGGUGGCGUAGAUUGUCUGUAAAGCCGUUGGCAAGGACUUUCUCUGCUAUUUUUCCUCUUGAACGCCUCAGAUUCCUGCUGAAAUGGAAUGCUGUGGUGCAUCGCCUGUUAUCAGCCUAAUGGUUCAUCACAUGUAAUAAGUCGAGUGAGUCUCCUUUCUUUCUUCUCAAUGCCUGGCCUCCGUUCCUCGUUAGGCAGGAAGAAAGCAAACUUCAGGAGCUGCUAUAGUUGAUAUUUUGCAUUCUGACUUAAUAAACAAGGGCAUAAAACAAAAGAGAACCAAAAAGUGAGAUUGCUUACUUUCUCUUUUUUUCCUCCAAAGUCCAGACCUCACUUUACUCAAAAUCUGCUCAGGGGCAGGACCAAGGUGUGUAUGGUUUAGAAUAGAUUAUCGUGUCUUGCAUGGUAUGUUUAGUGUGGUCUUGAAUUCGUGCGGGACGGGUGGUGACUUGUAGUUUCUGUGACCCAGAGCCAAGCUGCUGUCAGGUUCUCAUCACCUCCUCCAUCCAUAAGAUAAAUUGUUGGUACUAGUAACUGCCCGCAUGGGAAAUGGCACCCACUUUACCCCCAUAUGAAAGUAGGUUUUCCUGGAACUGUGAUAGGUAAAUAAAUUUAAAUAUAAUUUAUAAGUGUGAUAUGCAUCAAAGAUUAGUUUUUUUGAAAAGGUUGCAUGAUGAAAAAUUAGUGGAUUUUAUUUUUAGAAGGAGAACGCUAUGUGUGUAAGCUAUAAUUGAUCAUCACUGUUUUGGCUUUCAGAUAAUUGGGCUUAGUUGUCAUUAUAGUGCCUUUUUAUUUUCCUAAAGUGAAUCUGCCUCUGCAUUUUAUAAUGCAUGGAUGAACAUGGAUGAACCAAGUGACCCUUAAGAAUAAAACUUCACUUUUAUCAAAUUUAGGAGAAAUCAGUCAUCCUUAGAACGGAAGAGCUCAGUAUGUUUUUAAACAAGGGGUUAUGGUGUUUUCACUUAAAAACUAGAUGCCAAAAUACUGUGCAUAUUAUGCUUAGUAUUUAUAGAAUAUUCUUUCUGGUUGCAUGCACUGUGUUCACUGUACUGUGUGUAACAAUAUAAUUUAAGAAUUCAUCUCUGUCGGGAAUCUAAUGCUUGUAGUUUAGCUCCCUUGUGUCCAUUGUUUAAGGUCUCAUUUGAAAUUUAAGUGACAAAGAGGACUUGGACUUGUUUUGUUUGAGAGAGCCUUGUAAAUAGUAAGAGCUAAUCUUUCAAGAGCUGAAAGCAUAAAGUCAGCUGCUUAUUUAUAUUCAGGAUAAACUUGUUUUAGUUAUUCUGUACAUUGGUGUAUGUGUACAUGAGACACAGUCCUUUUUUUGUCUUGGUCAAGCCCAGGUAAAGUUAAGGGAGACCUUAACUUGGUUUAUGUCUUAGAGCAGCUUCUUAGAAUUUGUUCCCUGCAUGAGGUUGCCACCUGCAGAGGCAAGCAGUGUCAGUAUGACAUAUAUAUAGUUGCACGCCACCCCAAACUCUUGAGUGGUGCAAUAUUCCAGGUUGUAGGUGCUUACACAGGGAUCAUGUUUCCUUCAGAAUGAGGGUCAGUGGAGAUGGUAUAUUUAUGAUACACGGUUUAUUUACACAUACAGUGGUACCUCAGGUUACAGACGCUUCAGGUUACAGACUCCGCUAACCCAGAAAUUGUACCUCCGGUUAAGAACUUUACCUCAGGAUGAGAACAGAAAUCGCGUGGUGGUGGCGUGGUGACAGCGGGAGGCCCCAUUAGCUAAAGUGGUACCUCAGGUUAAGAACAGUUUCAGGUUAAGAACGGACCUCCAGAACGAAUUAAGUUCUUAACCCGAGGUAUCACUGUAUAUCCAACCUGUGAUGGAAGGGAUCACAGCAUUAACACCCCAAGAGGGCCUUGCUGCUCCCAUAGUCACAGCCUUGGAUUCAAACAGAAAUCAAACAUUUCUCUGCUUGCUUUCCCCACUCCCACCCCUUUCUAGCUUCUAGCUCCUAUCACUCAACUCUCCACUCUGGCCCUAUGUCUUUCUAACUACCAACAAGUUGAGGGAAGGUGGGCACCUACCCAUUUGCCCUCUGAUGCUGAGCCACUUCCUUUGUUACCUUAAUGGCCCAUUUCCUAGGCUAUAUACCCUCACCAGGAAUUUGAAUCCUUGCUUAUAUUUUAACACUUGUAACUCUUGCUGGAUCCAGAGAUUAGAAGGGUUGCCAGCAUACAGCCUACUCCCCUCAUCCCAAACUCAUACCACUAUCAUAAAAAAAGGAUCCUGGCUGCUCAGUCCUAUGCAGGUCUACUCAGAAGUAACGUACAUAGGGCUAAGUAAGGGUGUAAAGGACUGCGGCAUAAGUUUGCCUGUUUAAUCAUUUAUGACACAUUCUGAUUUGACAGUGGUGUAACUGGAAAUGAGUCUAGACUCAGUUUCAGAUAUGAGAUUCAAAUUAGCUGCGAGAAAGCAGUUGACUUCCAUCUGACUUCAUGGGCCAUUUUACGCUAAGAGAGUUUCUCCAAGUGUUUUUCAUGCAUAUCCCCCCUCCCUGCAAGGCCCCCUUCUAGUCAUUUUAUAGCAAGCAAUCUUGACUUUGUACCUGCAUCUCCAUUUUCACACUCCUUGAUGUUUCCACAGACUUUGCUUGUAGAGUAUGUCAGAUCUCACAAAGAGAUAUAUCCCCUUCUGUAGUAUAUGGGGGGAAAUGUUUUCCAUGUUAUGAUACAAAACAUCUUUCAUUUGGUAAUAUCUGUUUAUUACCUCAGCCAAUGUAUUUUCACAGUUGUUGAUCCAUUGGCAAAUGACAUUUUCCUUUUAUGAAAGUUAUUCAAAAUUUAUUUAUUCAUUUUUUUUUAUUCUCCCUCUUUCUCCCAAGGAGACCAGGCCAGUGGGCAUAAUUUUAUUUUGUUUCUUUUCCCACUGUAGGUUAGGAUGAAACAUGGUGGCUUGCUCAAAGUGUCACUGAGAUCUUCGUGGCUGAGCAGAUCCCAGCCUGAUCCAACACUUUGUAUGCAAUCAUUCAGACUUCUGGUGGCACCACACUAGCUCUCCAUUUAUGUAUUUUAUUAUUAUUCUGCAAAGUCCUGAGUACAAUUCACAGAGUAAUCCUGUAUAUGUCUACUCAAAAAGAAACCCUGUUAAGUUCAAUGAGCCUUCCUCCCUGAAUGUGGUUACAGUGGUACCUCGGGUUACAUACACUUCAGGUUACAUACGCUUCAGGUUACAGACUCCGCUAACCCAGAAAUAGUGCUUCAGGUUAAGAACUUUGCUUCAGGAUGAGAACAGAAAUCGUGCUCUGGCGGCACGGCAGCAGCAGGAGGCCUCAUUAGCUAAAGUGGUGCUUCAGGUUAAGAACAGUUUCAGGUUAAGAACGGACCUCCGGAACGAAUUAAGUACUUAACCCAAGGUACCACUGUACAGGAUUUUAGCCAGAUCCUGCAGUCCUGUAGCCCCUGAUAUGCUGAUCCAGCAUCCAUAGAAAGCUUCUCCUUCUCCAAGUUUGGAGAGAGAGACCUGAUAUUAGAUGUUCUCUAACUACCGCUGCGGAAACAUGCAUGGGUCUUUUUCUACUUACAUUGGGGUAUUCUAAGGACACACCAGGAGGAGGCUUGGAUCAAAAAACACAGAACCAAACAAGAGAUGAAACUAUGCCAGCCCAGGAACUGGCAUAUUUUAUUUCCCUCUUGUUCCCAGUGGGAGGAAAAUUGUUAACAGUCUCACCACCAGCAUCCACACAAUAAACAGAAAAGGAUGGUCCCCUGACCUCACUUCCAUCCUGCAAGGAUGAUAAGUUCAUUGGAUUGCAGUGGUUCAGCUACCUUUGGUAGUCUACCCUUGCACUGUUAAUGCAUUUUAUAUGGUGGAAAUGCCAACGAAUGACAGCAGAAAUGAGAGAACAUGCAUCAGAAUUUACACACACUGUGCCUAAUCAUGUGGAAUGGAAAAAACAAUUUUAUUCAGGUGUUUUUUCGCUUUUUUUCAAUUAGUUUUCUUUUUCAUACCAGUACAUUUCAGAUGAGAAAACAUGGAGCUCACAACACCUUGAGACAGAAUAUUCUCACUUGAUAUGUUUUGUAUCAAGAAUAAGCUUUUCAAUACUUUUUUAAAAAAAGGUAAAGCUGUCAUUUUUCAGAACUGAAUAUGGCUUAAAAAUUGGAAUGCAGUAAAAUAUAAGAUUGAAAUACUGCAUCAAAUAAGCAAACAUGUAAUAUAAUUUAAAAUACAACAGCAACGGGAACACAGUGGUAUUGUUCCCCUCCCCCAAAAAGUUAGCAAUACUUUAGAAUGGGGGUGGAUAACUUGUUGUCCUCAAGACUCCCAUUUCCAUCAGUCCCAGCCAACAUGGCCAAUGGUCAGUGAUGAUGGGAGUUGUUGUCCAAUAACAUCUGGAGGGCCACAGGUUCCCUGCCCCUAUUUACAAGGUAAGUGGAAUGAUGAGAGGGAAAGAAUUACUUUCAUGCAAGAUCAGGAAAUUAGUUUUUCCUUGUGUUUCAUAUAACCUUUGAAGAUGGGCAUUUAGCCCACGCUGGAGGAAUGGCAGAUGAAACUUAUGGACUAUAUGGAAUUGGCGGAAAUGACUGGUAGAAUCCGUGACCAGGGAGAAGAGUCGAUGGAGGAAGACUGGAAGAAAUUCAAAGAUUAUCUUCAGAAACACUGCAAAAUUAAGGAAUGUUAGAGUGAUGUUGGACUGAAAAUAAGUGGUUUCCAGCUGCACAGGUUAAAGUUAAGGAUAGAUUAAAAUUAAAGAUUAAGAUUGAAGAAGUUUAAAGAAAGGGAAAUUUGAUUUUAAAAGGGGAAACUUUAAAGUUAUAUGAUAUUAAGAUCAAGGACUAGGUUUAAAAAAGUUGAAGUUAUAUAUUUUAACAUUUUAUUAAAUUAAAGAUUGGGAUUAAAAAAGUGGAAAAGAAACUGCUGGACAAAUAAUGUGGACUGGAAUACAAAGGAGGGAGGUUUGAGGAAGUCUAGAAAAUAAGUUAUGUAAAAUUGGAAAUGGAAAAGAGAGUUUGUUUUUAAUUGUUGUGUUUUGUGUUUCUAUUGUUAAGUUUUGUAUUGUUUUUUGUGUGAGUUGUUCUGUUUUUUUUUGUUUUUUUUGUUUUAUGUUGUUUUAAACUUUAAUAAAAAAUUAUUUAAAAAAAAAUGAAGAUGGGCAUUUAGACUGUAAUUCUAUAAUCUUGGAGUAAGCUCACUGAAAACGAGGAUUGCUUCUGACUAGAUGAUGUAGGAUUGUUGUGACAUAAAAUCCCAGUUCAUCCUUGAUUGAUGUCUCAGGGUCUUCUUAUAUUGUCUAGUUUCUUGAGGCCCCUGGAGUGGGGGUAGAUGUAAUAAUUGACAGUUUUUGUGGUGCGUUCCAGAUAGCAUUGUCCUGUAGCAGGUCUGUAGUUUCGUAGCAUCCAGCCCACAGUAUUGAGCUCCUGAAAAGGUGCAGUUUUGUUUGUUGGCUCACCCAUUGCCUCAGUGAGCAUUGUAGGAUUAUUGGGGACAUUAUUGGUUAGUGCCUAUAGCAUCAGUUGAGGUUAGUUGCUUUUCAGCUACAACAGCAAAUUAAAAAGGAGAAAAAUACUGUUCUUGCAUUAAUUAACAUUAGCAUUUGUUAACAUUAGUGUUAUUUGCAAACCUAACCAAGAUAGAAUAGAAAAGAUUGAACAGUCAGGUGGUGGCUCUGUCCUUCUGGCUCCUCCAGAAGGGUGUUGAACUCAGGAAGCCAACUGCAAUCUCUUCAAGAGUCUCAGCCUGCACACAUUAAUUAACUUAAAUAUUAAUUAGCUUAAAUAUAUGCAGUCUUAAAAUAGAUCGUUGCUUGCAAUUGCCAAUGCAGUUUUAGGCAUGGUCUAUUCAUUGGUGAGUCCCAGAUAUGUGUGUGUAGGACUGGAGUCUUAAGAAUAUAGUCCUGUGCAUCUUUACCUAGCAGCAAGUCCCAUUGAACUUAAGUGGGGCUUACUUCUGAGUAGAACUACACAGGAUUCUGCUGCAUCUAGAGUGUGCUGCUUCUUACUGGAAAAUUAAGGGCAGGUUAAAAAGGUGAAAGCCCCAAAGAGAAAGGAACCCACUUUUUAAUGUUUGAGUAUGACAGAAUGGGUUUAGAAAAUUAAUGAGAGCUGCCUGAUGGAAAUAAUAAGAGUAAUAUCCAGAUGGCAGGCUUGAUCUGCUCUCAGUUUACUGUUUGCUAAAUGGGAGGACAAUCGGGUGCUUUGAAAAACAUUUUUUUUUGCUUUUGUUUUAUUUCCUGUAUUAUUCUUGUCAUUGAGCCUGUCCUUGCCCUGUCAUCAUGGCCAUUCUCAGUGUUGAUUUAUGGGAAACUAGUAUCAGGUUAUAUUGAUUUAAAUCAGGGGAAUUUAAGUUAUUGACUUAAAUCCCAAAGAAAAUGGGACAGUUUAAAGUUCUGAUUGAAAUCAAGUUUCCAGAUUUCUGAUUUAUAUUUUUGUACUGAGUAGGGUAUCCUAAUGUAUACAUAUUGCUUGCCAUAACAAGUAAAACAUAUCUGCUUGCAACUAAAUAGAGAUGUUAUAUUAUACACUACAGAAUAUUUAUAUCUGCAGAAUUUAUGUAUUUGCACUGCAGAAUUUAUAUCUGCAUCCUGUAGCAACUUGAUAGAAUUUUAAAAGUAAAAAAAAAAUCUGAUCUAGCGUGUUUUAAAAAGAUUUAUUUGUUUUUAAAUUGUUGUUUAUUUAUCAUUGAAGAUUUAUUUUUGUUCACCCUGGCUAGUGGAGGAGGAAGACACAGCUUGCUGUAAAUCAGGAUAAGCAGUGGAUCUGUUCCUAUAAAGGAUGUCUUUAUAUAUUAAUUUUUGUCGUUUGUAUCUCAAGAGUUGCCCCAGUAAUCUGUGAACCACUAUGGUGCAGGUAUGAAUCUUUAAUGUUCUUCCUGUCCAGUAGUAUCUACAGUACUUGAAUCUACAUCAGAGAGAAAGAGAACAGAUGAUCUCCCAAGUUCCACCUAAAAAAAAGUUCUGCAUGUAUUCUAUUUGUGUGUUUCUUUCUUCUUCUUUUUUUAAGAAAUACUUCCAGCUUUUAAGUUAACCUCUCUCCAGUAUAAACGGUAUAACAUAUCUCUGGGGUACACUGAGUGUAUUAAUAGUUUAAGGCUAUAUAAAGUUUUACACAUAAAUUGCUGCAUAUAGUUAUGUUUGGUUUACAUUUCUGAAGUUUUCUCCACCAUCGUAGCAUCUAGAGACUUAAUUAUUUCUGAGGAAAGCUCAGAUGGUGAAGAACAAGGCAGUUGCUUCAGAGAAGUGCUGAUACACUAUACGGCCAUGCACAGGCUGCUACCAAUCCCUUGUUAUGCAAAGAGAAGAGAACAAAAAAUACACAUAAAAGGCAAACACAUUGAGGCUGAACAGAUGGCCCCAGGGAAACAAUUUAGAGUAGGACCUAUCUCAUGAGGGUAUUGCCUACACUGGGAUUGCAGGACCCUGUACAGCACUAGCCACAAUGACUAUUCUUAAGCAAUUUGCCAAGUGUGGCAGGAGAGGAUGCCAAGUGUGGCAGGGAGAUUCAACGACAAUCAAAGAAACUCAUAUUUUUUGGCUAUACAACCAGAAACAGUAUCCAUGCCUCUCUUCAAGAGCGUGAGCUAGUCUACAGUUCUCCAUGAAAUAUUGUUGUGAACAGGGUUUUUAAACUCUGACAAAUAUGAAAGAUGAGAAAAGAGAAAGCCUUCUUUAUAUUGAUGAGAUGAGAGUUUCUUUGUCUCAAAUUAGACCUAAUAUAAAUAAGAUUACCUGGCAAAAGUAAGCUCACACCUCUCAUGGGAUUUAUAUACAUAAGGGACGUAGGUAAGAGGUUUGUUUAUAAUUAUAUUUGGGGAAUGAUACAUGUUCUUUUGUAGCUGUUUGGGUUUAUACUUUCUGGGUGUCCCGUGAUCAUAUUAUAAAGUAGUUGUGUUCUAAGUUAUAAAUCAAGCACUUAUAGGAGUUGCUUGUUUUCCAAUGUAUUUCUUUCUUAUCAAUAAAAAAAAGCUGUGACAUGAGCAAAUUUUUAUUCUGAAAGUGUGGCCUAGGAAAAAAAGCUUGAGAACCGCUGGACUGGAGAAGGGGAACCUGUGACCCUCGAGAUGUUGGUAGGACUCCAUAUUUCAUUGGCCAAAGCCAACAUGGCUACUGAUCAGAGAUUUGUAAUCUACCAACAUCUUGAGGGUCAGAGUUUCCCAAUCCCUGCUGUAGGUGUCAUUUCCUAUAUAUAUUGCUCAAUUCUUCAUCAUCAAGGUCCUGCAACUGAAACAACCCUCAUGACCUUUUAGGCCUAAUGCCAAUGUUGCAGACUAAAGCAUGGCUUUGAACUGAGAAGAUUAUUUACUUAAUGAGGUCAUAAAUUGAAGUGAUAUUCAAUGGACAUUCCUUAGUUGAACAUUUUUAUUUAAAGUAUAGCAAUCAAGAUGAUUGCCUCUGAUGACUUUAAAUGUUACUUUGUCCUAGGCUGACCUUUUGAGGAAAGAUGCUAAUCAGCAAUGGGAAAAUAAUACUAAAACACAGAGCUCCAGAAAAUAAAUGUUGAGACGGGGCAUAUGUAUCACAAAUUCAUGUCACUAUGUUGUAAGGGUUCAUCCUUUUGUUUAGGAUGACCAAAAAUUGCAGUAUGUUUCCAGUAUAGUUUGCAAAACUGUCUAGCAUUGCUAUCAUUACCAACCAAUUUCCUGAAAAAGUUAAGAAUACCCAAAGUUGACCCUUCUUGAAUUUGAUGGACAUUACAAUUCUUGGCAUCAGCCAGAGAUUUUAGAAUUUGAUCCCCCCCCCCUCCCCUGACAAAUACUGCUACUUCUUAGCAGUUCAAAAGCAUGCCUGUGCAAGUGAAUAAAUAGGGACCGCUGUGGCAGCAAUGUAAAUGGCGUUUCCGUGCGCCAGUAGUGGUUUAGUCAUGCUGGCCACAUGACCCAGAAAACUGUGGACAAACUCAGGCUCCCUUGGCCUGAAAGUGAGAUGAGCGCUGCAACCCCAUAAUCCAGUUGACUUUGACUGGACUAAACCGUUUAGGGGUCCUUUACCUUUCCCCCCCCCCACCUUAUUAACAGUACUGUGAGGCUUUUGCGAGGCUGUUCCAGAAUAAGUAAUCUGAUAAUUUCUUACCAAAACUGUAAUCAGUAUUGCUGAAUCAUAGAAUUGUAGAGUUGGAAGGGACCUCAAGGGUCAUCUAGUCCAACCCCCUGCAAUGCAAGAAUCUCCGCUAAAACACCCAUGACAGAUGGCCAUCCAACCUUGGCUUUAAAACCUCCAAUGAAGGCAAGUCCACAACCUCCUGAGGGAGACUGUUGCGCGUUUUAAGAGCUCUUACUGUCAGAAGGUUCUUCCUGAUGUUUACUCGGAAUCUCCUUUCUUGUAACUUGAAAACAAGCUUGCUCCAUCCUCCGUGUGACAGCCCUUUAGAUAUUUGAAGAUGGCUAUCAUAUCACCUCUCAGUCUUCUCUUUACCAGGCUAAACAUACCCAGUUCUAUCAACCGUUCCUUAUAAUUCUUUGAGGUUUCUAGACCCAGCUUGAGAAUUACUCUACUAUAGAUACCGGUAUUUUUGCGUUUUUGUUUUUUAGUUCCUUAAGAAAAUGUUUUAUGUUGUACUACAGGAUGGUUUCUUUUUAAAAUGACGCAAUACAUUGGGGGGGGGAUUGUUUUCAAGAGUUUCAUUCUUUUUCUGUUUGGUUUUGAAAACUUUUCUAACACCUGUUUUUCCUCUUCUAUUUUGUUAAUGUUGUUAUUAAGAGCAAUCCUCUCCGUUGUAAUCGAACACUGUUGCCAUAUCAUAUUCAGAAGGUUACAGAUGAGUAUCUUUUUAUGUUGGGGCGGUAGCUGACUUAGAAUAACCCAUGAAUCCAACAUCUGCAGGACUCUCUGGUAGAGACCCCUAUUAACCUUGAUAGUACUUCUUGACAGAUUAGUUUACUGGUAAAAUAGAUCAGCCUUCCUUGAUGUUGUGCCCAUCAGCUGUGGCGGCUGGGCCUGGUGGGAGCUGUAUUUCAAAACAUCUAGAGGGCACCAGGUUGGGAAAGGCUGUCUUAGUUCACUGGCACAAUCAUUUUGAGAUGCCCUUUCACACUUUGUCAGAACAUGUCUCCCUUGACGGAGACAGCUGAAGCAGGAAGAAAGACAACUAGAGCACAAGUAGUUCUCAUCUUUCUCUGAAGCUGGCCAAUUGCUAAAUAUAUCAUUUUCGAAAGACUAUGCUGUGGCAGUCGCGGCUGCAAAGUAACUUCCCUUCUUGGCUGCCAAUGUGUCUGCAAAGUCUUGUACAGUAGAGCUGUUUUAGUUGGUAAAUGAAAGAGAGAGAGCAGACCAAAUGUAAACAGAGCAGAGCAGACAACAGCAGCAAAAGACAAUACCUCAGAAUAAUAUGGAAAAAUAGGACGUUUAACAUUGGACAUCUUGCUGUUUCACUAAAUUUUUAUAUAUUUUUUCAGUACCACCUUGAAGCUUUGUCAUUGUGUUUGCUUUUUCCAGUUGGUGCAUGACCUGGUAAGACCCAGCACUCUUCAUCUGAACGUUGAGUAAUCAUCUGUUUGCUGGAAUGAAUUUGCUGUUGAUGGUGCAGGCAAAAUCUUUUGAAUUCAUUUCAGCUUGGGAGUCCCAAGUUAGGAUGCAGAGUUUGAAUGUUCUUCACCUCAGUUUUGUCCUGUUCUUUUGGAUCAUUUCCAGUCUGCCUCUCUCUUCCUGAAGCAGACUCGAUUGUGGGGUAGUAUGUGCCCUGAGUGCUCACUGGAAGGACAGAUCGUGAAGCUGAGGCUCCAAUGCUUUGGCCACCUCAUGAGAAGAGAAGACUCCCUGGAAAAGACCCGGAUGUUGGAAAAGAUGGAGGGCACAAGGAGAAGGGGACGACAGAGGACGAGAUGGCUGGAUAGUGUUCUUGAAGCUACCAGCAUGAGUUUGACCAAACUGAGGGAGGCAGUGGAAGACAGGAGUGCCUGGCGUGCUCUGGUCCAUGGGGUUACGAAGAGUUGGACACGACUAAACGACUAAACAACAACAACAUGUGCAAAUUAAUGGAGACUGGGUUCUUUGCUGUCUGGGGUUGUUAAUGCCUCAUUAAGAGAAAGGAGGAGGUCAGCUUUGCAAUUCAGCUCUGGCUCAAAAAACUACUCUUGCCAACUGUGGUCCUAUCGCCAGCCUUUCCUUUUUGAAGCAGACUAUUGAACAAGCAGACGCUAUUGAAUUGCAUCAGGUUUCUAGAACCAUACCAGUUUGAUUUAGUAGUCUGGUUAUGACCUGUUAUUGCCUUGAUGGAGAACCUUUUCUGAAUUCCAGAAUCCAACCAGAAGAGGGUUCAAGUUAGUUUACAGUAGCAAAAUCAACACUUUUGUGGCACCUUAAACUUAACACAUUUACUAUGGCAUGAACUCUUGUAUUCCAACCUGUAUCAAAUUCAUCUCCACAAAUCAAUCAGUAUCAUAUUCAAUCAAAAGCAGGACAUCUGAUCUAUUAUUUGUUUGUGCUCUGAUAACCCAGUAAUACUUAACAAGCUGCCCUGGGACUUAUCUUAACUGGCUCACAGCCCACGGGGAGCAUAUUGCUCUUGUACCUUAUGCCUACUUCUGUGACAAGCCAUAAACCACACACAGAGUGCAGAUCCUGUCUUGAAUAAUAAUGGUAUCUUCCUUCUGCCACUGAAGUAUGUUUUAUUACACACACACCCCCAAACAGCAUAUCAAAAAGUAUUGGCUCUACUCAGCACAGCCUAGACUUGAGCAUGUUCCUUUGGGACCUUGUGAGAGGAACAGAUAAUGUGUGUGUUUUCUGAAAACUGCCAUUCCAAAUCUAUAUAACUUUUACCAUCUUCUGAGUCAUCAAAUGUCUCUAGUUGGCAAGUCAUGUGGAUGAGCAGAGGUUCUUUGAGUGUUUCAUAAGGUUGCCUGUAAAGCUAGUUUUUAAGUCUCAGCAUUGUCUUUUCAGUUUCCCUCUUUCUCCAUUACAUGCUCUCUGAAAAGUAGAAUAUUGGCCAUCACUUUUGCAUUGUUGCCUUUCCAGUUUCACUUUGUGAUAAAGGUAAUAGUUUAACACAGAGGUUUUCAACCUUUUUGAGUCCACAGUUCCCUUGACCAACUACAUGAAGCCGGCACUCCCCCCCCCCCCAUAAGAUUUAUAUUCCACUUGAUUGUCAAGAAAAACUGCAACUUUGGGGUCCACAAAGCAAAGCAUAGCCAACUAACAAUGGAUUGUGGCUUCCUGGGGGCUCCACAGCUCUUCUGUUAUCCACAUCAGGCAGACCCCCCCCCCCCCCCGGUAACUUGCCUUACAUGGCCUGUGGGCUGGAUUCUUCUUGGUCACAAGUUGCAGAGGUCUGUUAAGAAAACCAUUGCAGGGCGGAGGCUUAAUGACCUGGUUGUAUUGCAGCAUGACCUGAAUAGCUCUAGUGUAUACCAGAGACAGAAAUAAAGAGGCAAUACUUGAGUUUCACCCUUCAUAUGUGCUGGGUGUAGGAUUGCAUCCUUUGGGUUUGGCAGAAUGAGUACAGGAAAGCUAAACAAUGUCUAGUUGGACUUCAGAGAGUUCCUUCAGUAAUUCUAUGAGGUUGUAAAGUAGAAAUGCUUGAUUUAUUCAGAGUCUGUAUUGUCCCAUGCUUUCUGCAUCUUCCACAGUUAAGAGAUUCCAUGGGUAAAGAGCACUGGAGCUUUAUCAUGUCUUUGUAAUGUCUUACAUUAGAUCAUAGGAUAGCAUCAGUUGCUGAAAGAGAGUGACAGCACCUUAAGAAUCUUCAUCAAGAAACAUUGGUAAAAUACAGCCCAUCAUCAGCCAGAUUUACAGGCAUAUAGCCACAUUUCUUUUAUUAAAAAAAACACACAGGUCAGACAGCAUAUGGAAUUGUGAUAAUUAAAUUAUUAAGCUAUUCACAGUGAUAAUUCAUUAAAACAAAUAAUUGUUGUUUGUAACCAGGCAUCUUGACACUGGUAGGCUAAUUAACACAAUUAGCUUUUCUCCAAUUCAGUUUACAAGUGAUAGUAAGAGUAUCCCUCUGGAACGAGUAUAUGGUGUAUGUGCGUGAGAGAGAGACUAUUUAUUGUGGAGAUGGGACAGUUAAUUGUGCAAAUGAGAACGGGUGGGGAUCCAAAUGCAGAAUUAAGUUUUUUGUCUUCUUUAAAAUCUUAAUUUUAAGAUUAAGUGCACAAACCUAUGUAUAUUUACUUAAAAGAGUAUCCACUAUGUUCAAUAGUGGAUAACUGAAAUUAACUUCAUUUCAGUUAAUUGUGAAUAGGAGUGCAACCUUAAUUUUUUUGGCCUUGGAUUCUGUUGUCUUGUUUCAUAUUAGGUACAAUGAAAACUUGGCUUUCGCCCAGUUUUCACAAAAUGCCUUUGAUGAUAUUAUAAACGUUAACUCUUGGGAAGUAGAUAGGAUGUCCUUAGAGGAAUACUUUAAAGUCUGUUUAGCUUUUAAUUUUGAUAUCUAAUAUGCUUUCUUUUAGAGUUGCCAAAGGCUUCCAGCUUCCAGUGUUUAACAAGAACAUUAAUAAUAAUAACUUUAUCAGUGAAAUGUAGGAAGACCUACAUACCUGGUUAUAUUUCUGUGUUAUUACUGAUAUACCCUUUACCCUCUGCAAUAGACGACCUUGAUCUGCCCUCUCUUCCAGUCCCCACCUGCCACACUGGCUUUUCUUAUGUGGUAUUGACAUAUCCUCAUACGAACCUCAAAACCAGGUUUGUUGACAAGCAGGACUUAGGAAGGCCUCAUUAUAGUCAUACUGAAAAGUUUAAAAAUUGCUCUCUAAUUUAUAUAAAUGUGCAUUUUAAAGUUCAGGAUGUUUACCUUUAAUGCUGCUAUUACAUGAUGCAGACUUCAAAUCUAAUAAUUUUUGUAGAUGCAAUAGCGAAGAAUAUUGGUUCCAAAGGGCAGGGAAAUAACCACACCAGCUUCAGGGCAGUGCUCCUUUUCUUCCCUGUCCUGGGGGUCCCUGAAUCUGCUCCAGACAUGCUCCUAUAACUCGCCUCUCUAUGGAGCAUCGCCAAUGGAGCAUCCAUGGUGGCAGAGCUUUCCACUGCCAGUUAAGGGAAAAUAUCAGCAGCAGAACACCCUCUCUGCCCUUGGAAGGGGAGGGUUGCACCCUAACUUAUAUAGAGCACCAGCAGAUACAUUGUUUUGCCCAUUUUAUUUCUCUAAUUCUCUGCAGUCAGCACAUCCACAACAUUCUGUACCAAAUCAUAAUGGUAUAGGGUUUUUUUUAACUCCGGUAAGAAUUUUUGGAAAUAAUAAAAUAGUUAUCUACUGUAGUCUCAUAGCUGUAAAUUAUUCAAACCCCCUGAGCUUUAUUAUCCCAAUAAGUCCAUCCAAUAAUUUUAAUAAGCAUUGUAUUUAUCCAGCGUUUGCUGUAGAAUGCUUAUUUAAAUCCCACAACACGCAUAUUUGAUACAAACUGUCAAUAAAAUAGAAAUAAAAUCUAUUACGUAACUAGAUCUUCAUCUUAUUCUCUCACAAAGACCAUUUUUCCCCUGUUACCUGAAUAUAAGAAAAUCACAAGUUGGAUCGAAAACUGUUAUAUAUUUUAAUAGAAAAUGUACAGAGAUUUCAAGAGAAGUCAUUUAAAAGCUAUUUCCUAAAGGUACAACAAAAGUGAAUGCCAAAAACUGGCUGCAGGGUAUAUAUUGCCUCAGUGUUUCCAUCUGCAAGGGAAAUUGGUUUGUGUCUUCAUAUUUGCUGACUGGAACUUUGUAGAUAAAAUAUUGUUAAUAAUAACAUUGGACUCUGUUAACAAAUGACAGAAUGUUUUGUGCUCCCACGUAUAAAUUUUAACAAAUUUAGCAAUAAUGUAAAGACGUAAAAGAGAAAGUGAGCCAGAACAUACAACUUGGUUUAGGAUCUAAGGGCACAGACCUCAUGGAAACAGAAGGUCUGGGAGAAAAUAUAGAAUUAUCAUAUUGCCUGCUUUAAAUCGUUAGUUAUGGGGGAUUGGCAGAGACCGGUUAACAACAGUCGCUUAACCCCUGAACAUUCUUUGGUGAGAGAGAUUGGCUUGGCUGAACUUUUACCAUCAUUCAUUCUAUGUCUUCAACAGAAUAGUCCGAAGGACUUUUCCCAGGCAAGACCAAACGUUGGAGAUUAUUGUGCCCUCCCUUUCUUCCCACAUCAGGCUGUGGCACCUGUGCAGAUUCCUCUCUUCUGGUUAAUCAUACAAGAUGUCCAGGAAAAAUAAUUAUGGAUAGAUUGGAAUGAUUAAUUUGUGUAGUCAUCUAUACACAGAUGGUGUUAAUUGGCCUGCAGCCGGAUGCAAAUUUACAAGGAAUUCACAUUGCCUUCUUGUAAGUCAUUUGCAAGAAAUAAAUUAGAAUAAUGAUAAAAUGUGAACGACUCUGUGGUUUACAGUUAUUUAAAAAUGUUACGUGUGCCCUUCAUUUAAGCAUAUAAAAUUACUUGCACAAGAACAAGCGGCCCCCUUGUGAUACUGUAAAUCCUCACCGGCCUUUUUUGGUCCAGAAUUCUUUGCUCCAAGCCCAUUUUGUACUGGCUGGUUAGCAAGUGGCAGCCAUUUGCUGCUGCUGCUGGAGGCAGGAUUUACACAUUUUCCCUCCCCAUAUAUAUUAACAUUUAACUCUGAAAAUGUAAUUGCUUUUGGAACAAAUCCUACUCAAGAGGGAAAUUGAAGAGCAGCUGAUAAAACCCUGAAAUGAAAUUAAAGCAUUAAACCUGGUUAGUUUUGCAGAUUUUUUCUUUUCAAGUUCACACACUGUUCUCUCUGGAGAACACAGAAGUGUGGUGACCCAUAAUAGAUUGUUUUCAUGUGCUAAUAGCUUGGCAAGUGUGAACUUAAUAUCUGUUUCUAAGACAUUCCAGAUAGCUCACAGCCAUAUUGUUAGUCGUCUCUGAAAGUAGCUGCCAUUGCACAUUAGUCACUAUAGUUAACUUCACCAUAAAAGCUACAAUAAACUAAUAACAGUCUUCCUAUUUGUUCCUUCCCUUUGUCAGUAACCUGGUUAUUGCCUGUCUGCCUUCCUUGGCUAAGCCACAUCAAUCUAAACCAAAUCUGCUUAGAGGAGACAGCAGGCCCAGGCGAAGCCACAAAGAUGACUUCACAGUGACAGACAGAAAUUGGUAUUCACAUAGAUUUUUCAUUUUGUUGAAUGCCUGGCCUGUAUGCAACUAACAGUCCUUCGGAAGUUCAGGUUAUCAUACUGUGCCUUGGCAAGAAGUGCUAUAAAAAGGAUGGUAAAUUUUUUUUUUUUAAAACAUUUCUAUACUGUCCUUCAUCAGAGGAUCAUCACAGGGCCGUUUACAAUAUAAAAACACAAGGCUCAGCUGUUGCUGUUCCUCCUCCUUCAUUACUAUGUUCUGCAAAAUAGGAAGUCUAAAUUCUUUGCCACAAGAAAAUAAUAAGAAUAAGAAAUAAAUAAGAAUAAUUUAUUAUUUAUACCCCGCCCAUCUGGCUGGGUUUCCCCAGCCACUCUGGGCAGCUUCCAACAAAACAUUAAAAAUACAAGAAAAUGUUGGACAUUAAAAACUUCCCUAAACAGGGCUAAUCUUAGAAUAAAUGAUGCAGUUGCAAAUAUUGUGUAUGCAGAUAUACUUAUUUGUGUAAACUUUUAGCUCCCUUGCUCUCUACGAUUAUUCUGUGACUGACUGAAUGGCAUUCAACUCAGAGUAGAUCUGUUGAAAUUAAGAAGACUAACUUAGUCAUAUUUAUUAAUUUCAGUGGGUAUACCUUCCUUUGCAUCGUGGUGUCUGAUGUUCUUACAUUGUCCUUUAUACUGUACUUGGUUUAGAAGUGAGCUACAUACAUACACACACAGACCACAAUAUACAUUCAAAGCACUCUUAUACUACUUGAAGAAUCCUGGCUUCUCCCAAAGACUCUUGGGAACUGUAGUUUGUUAAGGGUGCUGAGAGCUGUUAGGAGACACUUAACAAACUACAGUUCCCAGGUUUGUAUUGGGGAAACUGUAGCAUAAGUGGUAUAAGAUUGCUUUAAAUGUACUGUUUGGAUGUGACAGCAAUGUGGGUAAUGCUCCCAUUUUGUAUAUAAAGGCCAUUCAGUCCACUGAACAUUUCUUCAGGACAGAAGUGGGAGAGCUGUAGUCUUGAUUUCCUCCAUAUGUCAAAAGUUUCUUGUCUCAGAAGAGCAAGCAGGCUUGAUAUGGAGCUGAGUUUUGGCCUAGUUCUUUCACUGAUGUGCAAAACCAUAACAUCUGAGCAAUGGGACUAAGAAGGGACACAUUCAGCCCCAGCCUGUGAACUGAAAUUCAGAAUAAAAGGUUUUAAGAAAGCGUCAACAGCUUCUUUACUUAACAGUAGCAUGUAUUUCAGUUUUCAAACUCUUAAGGUAUGCUUUACCAAUAAACAGCAUCUGUUGCAAUAUUCUUUAAACAAUAAAGGAAGGAGUAUAAUGAGUUCCUUUCUUUUUUAAACAUGGCUAGUUGCUUUUGGUUGCUUAUAAAUAAACUGCAUAGAUGGCAAACUUUGCAAGUUUGCAUCUGUGUAACAAGGGAUAUAAAUUUAAAACUGCUAAUACUGUAUUUAUAAAAUUCUUUAUAAAACCUGGGCCCUGUUGGACUGUUGCUAUGCAUUAAUCUGCCACAAACUUUUUAUAAGGACUUCUGUAUUACAAAGAAUUCUAAAGUAAAUCAAUUCCUGACAGAUGCUGAAGUAUUGUGUACUCUCCUCUAAUGCUGGAUUGAGCAGAUGAGACCAAUAGUGGGUCUAACGGUCAAGAAGGCUGCAGAGGGUAAUGAGGGACAGGUGUCAACCUGGGAAGGUAACCCAUCUAGGAGAAGUAAAACUCUGAUCCUAAACUUCUGCUGCCUAUACUCAUGCAUGAGAAAGGCUUCAGGGAUAAACCCCAAGGAAAAGCCAUAAUUUGUGAAUAAGUCAUGGAAAAAAUGACAGAUUGGGCCAGUGUCGGAGGUUCUUAAAUAGUAACUACCAAAUAUGCUGUUCAGAAGAGUGACUAUUGUUUCUUUUCAGACUUGUUCUAUGUCAGAUUUCUUGCAAUGUGCUGAAGCUUGUGUUUAUAUUAUAUUCUCUUCAUAAAAUGGUCUACUGUUAACAUAAUCGUGAAUAGUUAAUAGGUUUCCAUUGUCAUUUUGGCAAAAUCAUGAGAAUGCUAGAAGUUUCUAGAUAUUUCCCCAGUGAGCAAGAACAAACUGGGUCAAGUUAACUCUCUCUUAGCUUUAUCUUAUCUUUCUUGUGAAGGCAACGAGGAUGGACAGGGAUCCAUCUACGUGUGCCGUCUAGUGUCCCUUGGAGCAAUGGCUAAUAAAGCCAUUUUUACAAAAUGGGCUCAAUAAGGCAUUUUUAAAGUGUAGUUUAAAAUGCCUUAUUGAGUCUACCUUCCAUUAGUAGUAUGGCUUUCCUAGAUUACUGUACAAUAACAGGAUGAUGCAUGGUGUAGAAGGCACACACUCAAAGAUGGCUCUCAGACAGGAGUUUUUGUCUAGGCCUUGAUACACACACACACACACACACACACACAGAGAGAGAUAGAGAGAUAGUUUUAUGUGUAAUUCAUAUAGGAAGGAAUUUGGGUGGGGUUUUUUUAUUUUGUUAACAUGAGGAAGCAUUAAAAAUGCCCAACCUCCUGCUGUCCACUCUGAUAUCACACCUUUGUUACCUUGUUCUGCUGAUGGUGUAGCUUAUAAGUCCUUAUAGAUCUUGUACUGAAUAGUUUGUUGGAAUAUAUAUAGAGAGUGCUUAUAGUUCUCUUAUAAUGGCAAUGGCGCCCACCUGCAUUCCGGUGAGUUCUGGCUGAAAAAAAGCCCUGGAAAUCAACCAAAGUACCUGUGAACCUACUGCAAGGUGAACAAGAAGAUCUGGAUUGUUAUAUCAAUUCUGUAUUUCCUUGGUUUAUAUUGUUUAGCAAUCAUAGUUAGAUCUCAGUUUCCUAUCAGUUAUCCAUGCUGGCUUAAUUAUCUUGUUAAAAAUUAUUUGUUGAUACGACUGAUGAACUCAGAUGCUUCUUUGAGAGGGCUCCAAAUCAAAGAUAGACAUGAUAUACUAAUUUGCUGUAUAUAAAGUUUCUGAAACAGAAGUUUUAAACUUAGAAAACUUUUAUCACUGAGCGGUGAGGUACUAUAUGGCUUGUAUAUUAUGGGAAGGCCAGCUGUGUGGUUCAAUUUUGUGAAAUUAUGCCCCUAGGUAUAUCUUUGCAACCCCACUCGAAAAAUGAUUGUACAAGCCUUGUGAAGGAUGUAUAUUGAGAAUAGCGAGGCAGCUUUUGACCUGCAGAUGGUUAUUGCUGAUGAUGAUUCCAGUUUGACCUUAAGAUCCUUCAGGGAAUUUGCAAGAGAUUAAAGCUGGAAAGAAAAACAAGCUUCUCUUCUUUACAAAAUGAUUGCCUUUGAGCUAGCGAUCUCCAAGACAUACAAACUAAAACAGGAUGUUAUUUAUAUGAAGCUACUUUCCAAAAAUGUUAUGGCGAUCUCUCAAAUAAAGCUGCACGCAUCCAUUGUCUCUCCCCACCCGCCCCUGAUUUUUUUCCUUUAAAAAUUCUGAAAAUCGCGUUACCAGCCAUCAACAGCCUGAGCAGCUAGCCUACAAGACUGCCAGCUGCCUUGAAUGAACAUGGAGCAAGUCGUCCUGGGAAUAAGAAGGCUUGAUGUCAUCCUGUCACUACCGGAGAGAAUUAUGCAGAAAAAAGCAUGGCUACCCCCUAUGCUUACAUAGGGAAAGCUAUUCCCCCCCCCCCCAUACAGUCUGGCCUUGGGAGAGAUGGGAUGCUCCUAGGUGGACUUACACUGUGUUCAUUCAAGGUUAAUGGCAGCAAGGAAUCCUCUGUGCUAGCUGCUCAGGAUAUGAGCAGCUAUUUUCAAAAGUUUUAGAGGGAAAAAUGGGGGCAGAAGAGAGGCAGCAAGGACUAGAUUUAAUGGGUCUGCCCUUCCUAAGUAGCUGGCUUUACUGAUUUCCCCCCUCCCCUUUGUAGCCCCCAUGCUCCUUUGAAAAUCCCUACCAAACUUUGCAGUUUUUGUGGCUGCAGUGAGAGGGAGUCAGCAGUCUGAAAUUGGGAAUCUUCCAUAACGGGGUGCAAUAUUUUGGGAUUGUUUUCCUUCCCACUGUACCUCUGCAUGACACAUCUCUGGCCACCAUGUCUAGUAGGUCCUCCUCACAUCCUUGCUAAAUUGGGGGCACCCCUUCUCAUUCUGCUCAGAAUGGGCCCUUAAUUUCUUUCCAAGAGUUCUGUCCUGAAAGCUCCACUCUGUGCAUUGAUUUUUGUAGCCAUCUGUGUUCUGUGUCCAGGACUGUCUUCUCCCACAUGAAUAUACUCAAUUUUAAGAUCCCUUGAGAAGCUCUUAUUUGGGUGGCCCACCCCUACCCCCGGUUGUGGAGUUAUCAGAACUGGACCUUCUCAACCAAUGCUUUAGGAAUUCCUCUUGUGGGGUGAGGGAAAUUAGACUGUCUCCAAUUUUUUAGUUUUUUGAGGAUGUUUGGUGUGACUUGAGUUCAGAGUACAGAGUUCUCGCUGCUGUCGAUCAAUUCUCUUGACUUAGUGUUUUGUAUUUUAUUAUGUUUUAGUUGUUGCUUUAAUACAUGUUUGGUAUUUAAUGCUAGUGUUAAGAAACCUCUGAAGACACACUGUUCUCCUUGGCCUUGAAAUGCUCUUGUUGAGCUGCUGUUGUUUCGUGGUUUACUGCUGGUUUUAUCUAUUAGUUGUGUUUUAUUGUUUGCUUUUAUCUGGUAAGCUGCUUUGAGAGGGCUUUUGCCCUAAAUAUCUUCAAUAAAUAACUCAAGUAAAUAUGCUGCCUCUUAGCUCCAAAAGGGUGUGGGGGGGGUGUCAGUAUUUUUGAAAACAUUUGUUUACUAUUCCACAAUAAUAAUAAAAAUGUUAUGUGCAUGUGUAGGAUAUAGCUUUAUGGCAAUGUUGGAGAUCCUGUGGCACUACAACUUGCAUUAUUCCUAUCAGCCAUGCUGGGAUAGGGCUGAUGGAAACUGGAAUUCAUUGAUAUCUGGAGGGCCACAGAUUUAGCAUAACUCAUUACUUCAUCAGAAAAUCUGAAGAUGAUGAUAGGGGCAGCUUUGCAGAUAUUUGAUAGAAAUAAAAAGCAAGGCUAGGAAAUGAGAAAUGUAAUGAAGUAGUUUAUGAAUAGCAGUGAACUUAUGGUUUUGGACAUUUUUAACUAUAGUGCUUACACAGCAUGAAAUUAAUAAUAUUAAGUAGGUAACAAUUGUCCUUUAUCCUUUGAAUAUGACAGUAGCUUCCUUGCCAUCUCAUUGUUGUAAGGAAUAAUUCAUUGUAAAUGGUUGCAUUUUCACUUGUACAGCUAAUAUAUAUGUGAGAUAAAUAUAUUUAAUGGCAAGUUAAGAUGGUAAAUAAGAAUGCACGCUGGGCCCACAUUCAGUUUAUAUAUUUUUUGUUCUCAGGGACACAAAUACGAGAAUUAGUAAGACUUUGAUGUUAGAAAAGGGGAAAUAGUAGCAGAGGAAAUUUCACAAAAUGAUAAGCAGGGCUGUUUAAAACGAUAAGAAUGGCAGUGCAGAGAAAGCACCAGAUUUUCUUUUAAUCUCCAUUUUUUAUUUGUAACAACAAAGAGAUAGUAGUAUCAGAAAAUUGGGAAUUAAUUUUAUGCUAUUUUAGACCUAAGCUGUAUAAAGAAGGCUGAUAGUCGAAGAAUUGAUGCAUUUGAAUUAUGGUGCUGGAGGAGACUCUUGAGAGUCCCAUGGACUGCAAGAAGAUCAGACCUAUCCAUUCUGAAGGAAAUCAGCCCUGAGAGCUCACUGGAAGGACAGAUCCUGAAGCUGAGGCUCCAAUACUUUGGCCACCUCAUGAGAAGAGAAGACUCCCUGGAAAAGACCCUGAUGUUGGGGAAAGAUGGAGGGUGCAAGGAGAAGGGGACAACAGAGGACAAGAUGGUUGGACAGUGUUCUCGAAGCUACCAACAUGAGUUUGACCAAACUGUGGGAGGCAGUGGAAGACAGGAGUGCCUGGCGUGCUCUGGUCCAUGCGGUCACGAAGAGUCGGACACGACUAAAAUAACAAUUUCAGCUACUGUUGUUUCAUGGUGUCCAUUCCUAUCUGAAUUUCUCAAAUAAACUGCAUUUCAUUAGAUUUAAUAAUAACUGCAUGCCUGAAUAGAACAUAUUUCUUCUGUAUCUGAGCAACAGCCAUGUGUAAAAGUAGAAUGAGGCCUAAGUGAAUGCCAGCAAAACACACACUCUUUUUUUUCUAUUCAUGGUCCUUCCAACAAGAAAACGUCUGCAACUUACUCAGGAUACAGAGAAAGUAUCAGUCCCUUGGAUGCACACCCUGCAGCAAAAUAUGCUUUCUAUUACAGUUUAUGUAGAAGUGAAUGAGCACUGUGUUAAAUGGGUGAGUAGUGAUUUGACAGAACAUGGUGCAUGUUUGCCAAUGUUACUCUUCUUAGUCAAGCAUCAUACACUAGAGGUAUAAGCACCUCUUUGUUAAGCAUUCUUUUGAUAUUAUUUUUUAUCUACUACAUUGCUUUUAAAAAAUCAAUAGUGUAUAGUCUGGGGUUUUGUCCUUCUUUCUCUAGGAUUUAAUUUCUGGAGUUUUUGCCUGAAAGACUUCGAUUCUUCUAGUAUGUCAUAUUGUGGUGCAGCUGCUGCUUCAGUUGAUUUUCUUAAAAAGAUCUAUCCUCCUAAAACAUUUUAGAUCUUCCUGUGUCCAAAUGGGAGGCAUCUGCUAUGCAGAAAGCUAGGAGCUGGAUGGUAGACACACCAUCUUUGCAUUCAUCUCUCACACUUGAGAUAAGAUCCUUGGUAUUUUCAGUGCCGAUUUAGGAUUGGAAUGGAAGCAUGCGGUGUUUUAAGUGGACCCAAUAAUGUGAAUAUCUGUUGAGUAAAUAAAAUGAAUGUUCUGUAGGUAGGUAGGGACAACCCCCCCCCAAAAAAAACCUGUUCCAUAAUAUUUUGUAGGUUUAUCUAUUUGCAUGGAUGGAUAAAAUAUUAAUUUCAUAAAACUGCAUUGUUGUGAUGAUUCCAUUUUAUUUUGAGCCUAUGGCCUAGCUAAAUUGGAAAGGCCCCUGCCUACCUUUUACAGUAUAGAACUAGCUGCUUUCAGGUACUGCAUUUAGCGGGUGUUUGUUCCGGAACACUGAAAAGAUUAGAAUCCAUAGUGAGCACUGUAUGCAUGCCGGGGGGCGGGGGAUCAGCUAGGCAUGCAUACCCUCCCAACAGCCUGGGAACCAAAAUUAGGAAGAUCCUGAGCGAGACCAAAAAUCAAGAGGAAAAAACGAGCACAUUUCAGUCCGGCAUUCUGGCACAAGCCAGCUGACUUGUGCCAGAACGCUGUACUGAAAAAUGGACUUUUUUCUGGACUGGCAUUCAGCUGACAUGUUCCAGAGUGCCAGACCCAAAAAUGGGACAUUCCAGGAUCCAAUUAGAAGCUGGGAUUGGCUUCUAUAAUUUCGGGAUGUCCCACUUAAAUCGGGACUUCUGAGCAGUAUGGGCAAGGCAAUUGUGCUUAAUCUUGAAUUGUUUUGUAGGCAGAUGAAAGAGGAUAUUGGUAAAUAUUUAAUGAAGAGGAAAAUUAGUCAAAAUCUUAAUGGAGAUACUGAAAAAUGAGUAUAUGUGAUUAGAUGAUAUUAUGAUGAGGGCUCCUCUGAAGAGCUAAAUGGUUUUGAUAGGUUUAGGAUGGUGACAUUGGGUUACAACUGCUAAGAUUGCUGUGAUCCUUUGAUCGGUGAUUAGAAAUCACAGGUGUAUUUGGGGAGUGUAUAAGAAACAUUGCUUCACAACCGCCUCCUUAUUUUUGAGGCUGAACCUAUGCACAUUUGUCUUUCAGUCAAGGCCUAUAUUUUCAGUUGGAACAUGCAUCCCUUUAUUUUGGGUUCCAGUGAGGGAUACUUCCAAUCUAGGGACUCAGCUAGAUUGGUAAAGAAAAAGUGUUUUAUAUGCAUUGUAUAUGUGAUAUAACACUGUGUACCAGAUGGCGCUGUGGAGUCCCGUCUUUCCUUACCAGAUUUCCCUGUAUGAGUUUACAAUGCGUUUAACUGAAUCACUUCUUCAACAUGUCUAUAUCCAGCCUAGGAACCCCUUUUAAAUUUCUCCAAAAAUAUAUAGAUAAAAGUCUCCGUCCUGCAAGGUCUGGUGCUGUGCAAUUUUCAUGCAUUUAAAAGGUAUUUGUGUCAGAUAUCCAAAGUGUCUCAAAUUCAUAUUCUUCUCUAGGGAUUGCCAACAUGGUACCUAUGGGUGCCUGUAGAGGCUUUCUCUUACACCCUUGGUGCCCCCUCUCCCUGCUGAAAAUGGAAAGAAGGCUUGUUGUCGUUCUUGUUUAGUCGUUUAGUCAUGUCCGACUCUUCGUGAUCCCCUGGACCAGAGCAUGUCAGGCACUCCUGUCUUCCACUGCCUCCCGCAGUUUGGUCAAACUCAUGCUGGUAGCUUCAAGAACACUGUCCAACCAUCUCGUCCUCUGUCGUCCCCUUCUCCUUGUGCCCUCAAUCUUUCCCAACAUCAGGGUCUUUUCCAGGGAGUCUUCUCAUGAGGUGGCCAAAGUAUUGGAGCCUCAGCUUCAGGAUCUGUCCUUCCAGUGAGCACUCAGGGCUGAUUUCCUUCAGAAUGGAGAGGUUUGAUCUUCUUGCACUCCAUGGGACUCUCAAGAGUCUCCUCCAACACCAUAAUUCAAAAGCAUCAAUUCUUCCGCGAUCAGCCUUCUUUAUGGUCCAAAAAAGAAGGCUUGUAAGAAGCAUUUGAUUGUGGCCAACAGAAUAGGUUGUGGUGAAUGUAGUGUUCAUGGGAGUUUAUCCAGUUUGGAAAUGGGCCCAAAGGUUGGCAACUGAUAUUCUAUUGGACAUAAUAUGAGCUGCUUGCUUAUUUGCUUCUCUGUUUUACAUUUACUGAAUAAAUAAUGAUAUUUACAAGCCUGCAGCUUGGUUUAGAAAACAGGAAUGGAAAAGAUAAAAUUUAAUGCAUUCCUCAUGCCUAGUGCAGUCCUCGUUUUAAGAGGUUAUGUGUGCCUCUUAAACUAUGUAAAAAGUACAUAGGACUGUUAAGAUUAAGACCAACAUUCUUAUAGCCAGUCCUGUGUAGCAUUUAUGUCUAGCUACUCGGAUUUAUUUAGAAUGGUUAAAUGGGUUUUAAUUCAAGCUGUUGUGCUUUAUUAAAUAUGGCUUUGUGCAUUAUGAAAUGCGGAUUCAUAAGAUUUGUGCAUUUCCAGGGGGAAAUAACCCUACCGUCCACCUCUUCUGUAACCUGGUGGAAUGGCUGCUGCUAGGUGACGGUUUAGCGAGAGGUAGAGUCAAAGGUCGUUAGUGUCUCAGCAGAGCCAGUGGAAUUGUCCUGCUUCUUAUCUCUUCCUCUGCGGCAGCCGUCUUUGAGAGGUGGGCUUGGAAAGGAGAGUAUAUCACCUAUUAGAGAAAUGGCAACCGCAAGAAUGCUGGUUGGUUAUAAUUUGUAAAAUAUCUUAGUAGAGUUAUGGUUCAGUCCCUGGAGUUUCACAAUUGACUUCAAUAUAGGAUGUAGGCUUUAAUUGUUAUGGCUCAAUCAUGAAUAUAUUUUACUAGGAAAUAAGCUCUGCUGAUUUCCCAUCAAACAUCAUAUUCUUCAUGCAUAUCAUCUUUCCUCACUGAUGCAUGCUUCCUAGACUUUUUCACGAGAUUACUUGCCUGUUGUUUCCUUCCCACUAAUAGUGACAGCUUCUGUAAGUACACUGCUAACCACUAAAGGAUCUUGGCUUAUUAUAAUAUGUCAGACUUCCAGAUUGCAUUCUUUAGUUGACCACCAGAGGUUUAGCAGAAUGCUCUUUCUGCCCACUCCCUUUUGAAAUAAUUGUAAGCUUAUCCACUUUUAUCCACUAUUUUCUUCGCACUUUGGUUCCCUCGUAGAUCUUGCAGCUAUCAUUUACCACCACAAAAAUGCCCCCAUAAGCACUACACAGAGCUAGCAAUUUACUGUAGGAGUUUUGUGAAUCAUAAAAUACGGGAAGGCAUUCACAUCUCUCCCUGUUGUUUUUUUUUAAAAGGAAGUCAUUUAAGCUUUUACAAUGUCAGCUAGCUUCAUAAUGUGCACUGCUAACUAUAUAGAAUCAGCACACAGGGCUCAAAGUACUUUUCUGCUGUUUUUAGUGAAAGAUUAGGGUGCCCACCAUUUAACUCCUUUUGUUCCUUCUGUCCUUGCAUAUGGAAAGUUCAUUAACACCAUAUCGGUGACUUAGAUUUUAGGUUAAGCUAUAGAGCUGACACAUGUGAGGCAAGCAGAAUCUAAAAAAAUCAGCCUAUACAACAGUAAGAUAAAAUUUACAAUUAAAAUUAUUAAAAAUGGGAUUAAAAGUGUGUCAUAAUUUACAUUCCUUAGGCAAAAGCCGCAAGUUUUCUGCAGGUGCUGUUUAGGUUUUUAGAUAUUUGUCCUAACUAGGGUUGGGGGAAAAUUUUGAUUCAGUUCACAUAUAAAGGUGAACCUACCUAAUUCACACUUUCUAAAACAUAGCCAUCCUUCAACAUUCAUGCUUCUCUGAAUUUUGCAAUGCACUUCUCCUGCACAGAAUGAACCUGCUGAGUUAAGCCAAUGGCCCAUCUAGUCCAGCAUCCUGCUUUGACAGUGGCCAAUCAGAUGCCUGCUUGGAAGCCUACAAGCAGGACAUGAGCACAACAGUACCCUGAACACUUGCAAUUCCCAGAAACUGAUAUUCAGAGGCAUACUGCUUCUGACAGUGGAGGUCGAACAUGGCCACUGUGGCUAGCAAGUGUUGAUAGCCUUGUCCUCCAUGAAUUUGCCCAUUCCUCUUUUAAAACCAUCCAGGUUGGUGGCCAUCACUGCCUUUUUGUGAGAGCGAGUUCCAUAGAAGAAGAAGAGUUUGGAUUUGAUAUCCCGCUUUAUCACUACCCAAAGGAAUCUCAAAGCGGCUAACAAUCUCCUUUCCCUUCCUCCCCCACAACAAACACUCUGUGAGGUGAGUGACGCUGAGAGACUUCAGUGUGACUAGCCCAAGGUCACCCAGCAGCUGCAUGUGGAGGAGCGGGGAAGCGAACCCGGUUCACCAGAUUACGAGUCCACUGUUCCUAACCGCUGCACCACACUGGCAGUCUCAAUUACAAAGCAAAUAGUUUAGCUAUGCCCUGCAUGAAUAAGUACUUCCUUUGGAUGUCCACAAGUUCUGGUAUUAUGAGAGUGGGAGAGAGCAUUUUCUCUAUCCGCUUUCUCCAUGCCAUGCGAAUUUGUUACCAAGGGAGCCAGGAUCUCUUUACACCUUGGACACACCAAUGAACUUCUGCCCACCAAGGAGAUAGCUGUAUAUGUGACGGACAGUGCUAAAUACUGGGGUAGGGUGGGGUGGAAACCUGCACCUCUGUUGGCAAUGUGCAGAAUUGUUUUUGUAGUUUAAGUUACCGGUACUUUAUGGACAGCCUAGGUUUUCUUUAGAUAAAGGAAAGGAGGGGCAAGAACGUGUGCAAAAAUGUACAUACUAUGCUAAAUUGUGCAUAAAAAUGCACAGUGAAGAUAGCAUUAAAAAUGCAUUAUAUUAAGGGAAAUUGCUUUGGAAAAAAUAUGUGCGUUAGGUAAAAUUGAACACAGAAAGGAUAUAUUAGGAGAAAUCCACCCUAAAGUGCUGAUGAAUUUUCAUGAGAACUUUUUAAAAAAACAAACAAAAUGCAUACUGAUGUGCACAUUUGGAAGAACUGAUCUUCACAUUGGAAAAAUGAGAAACAAGAAUUGACCAAUUUAUCCACCCCUAGUUCCAACUCAAGAGCUCAUUUCCCUGCUUAACUGAUGCUUAUCAGGGGUGUGAAGUAGGAGCUUUCUGAGUUUUCCUUUCCAAAAAGGGGAAAGUGGUGAGGUAGCCAGUAAAAGCAUGGUGGGGCACUGCCACUCACUUUACCUCUAGCCAGUAGCAUCACUGCUUCUUCUCGAGAGAUGGAGAACCCUUGCAUAAUUGGUGGUCCACUGUAAAUAGGAUUGUGCAUGCAGCCUAAUCUGCAUGCAAGCUGUUUCAGGUUCAUGAGAGCCUUUCUUGCUGCUAGGGUCAGCUGAACACAUUUAUGUUGUGAUUUAAAACCUUUCUCAAAAAAUUGAUUGGAUGGGGCAAUCUAUAUUUCUCCCAUCUACAGACAUUUGAUUCAGACAACACACUAGAUAUAUGUGCAUGCAUGGAAGGAGAAGAACUGUCUCUAAGAUCAGAUGACAGUUUUUGAGUUUGUGUACUUAAAGAUUUUCCAGGUCAUGGUUGCUGAAUGGAUGUGUGUGUGCCUUUGGUACAGAUUCCUCUGAAUGCAUCUCUUUUUUAUAUCAUGAACUAGGUCUCACAUUAUGGUACAGCAUAUCUCUUAGUAACAUCUGUUCAAAAGAAGGUGCUUGGCUGGUUUUUUUGUUUGAAGGAAUUGAAAGCACAGAUUAUUUUCCCCCAAUUGUAAUAGGAUUUUCAAACAUGACACCAUUGAUGGGGUGAGAGGAAUAAAAACCUUGGCAAGCAUGAAGUGGGGCAUUUUGAACUGACACAGAGUGAUUUCAAUAUGUGUAGCAGAACAAUAUAUGCUUUUUGAGAAACAACAUAUCCUUUGCAGCUGAAAAUAAAUGCACAGAAACAAAACCCUGUCACUCACAGAGAUUUUUACAAACCUAUAACAGGUUCAGUUUGUUAUUUCUAAAGAAGAAAUUAUGAUGUUUUCUUCCAUCCUAUUGCAUUCCAAGUUGGAAGUGGAAGGCAAUAUUUCCAAACAGAUGAAUGCUCUUUGUAUAGAGGGCAUGCCCCUUUAGUAAUGAAGCCUUGAAAAUUAUAGGUGAAAUGUGAAUAAUCAGCUUGUGUUUUGUGAAAGACCCUGAUUAUUCCUUGAACCAGAAGAUUUGUUUCUAAACUCAUCAGUUACAAGGUAACCUUCCUAUUUCAAGGGUCCCUGGAGAAUAUGACAUGCUUCCGACUUAUGCCCUGAUGUUGCUAGAAUGAAGUUCUACCGCCAUUUGCAACAAUGAGGUAUUUGCCUAGCUAUGUCUGCCUGAAGCAUGUUGUUUUGGCCUUUGGCCUGUGGAGGUCUGCAGAAACACAGCCAUGACCUCUUCUCACUUGUUACAACCACAAAUUAUUAAUUAGCCUCUGGUUCCAACUCCAGCAACUGUUGCAGGGCAGUUGAAAUGUGGCCUUUUGGAAAGGGAUUAUACUGGGCAUAGCAGUGACACAAAGCUCUUUGAAUGACUGCUGUAAAACCACUCUACAAACUCACAUUCACAGACUUUCCUUUCCUCCUCCUCCUCCUCCUCCUCUUCUUCUUCUUCACAUUUUUCUAAUGUGGCAUCUUCUUCGAAGUAGUUUAUGCCUACAAGACUCACUCUCAGGCACUUGUUUAGUGGGUGAGCAUGUGGAGAUGUUUACUAUGGUUGGUGACUUCUCAGAGGCCGUGACAUUGCACUUCUAACAAAUGAAGCAAGUGAGGCUUUUCGUGAGGCAUAUCGAUAAACUUAAUGGAAAAGCUUCACCUGCUUAAUUUGUGUAUGCCACACUAUACAGUAAAAGGUAGAAGAUGGUUGUUUAAAAGAUGGCAACCCUAGUCUGUAUCUCAGACACACUGAGAUCACAGCUGUCAGUCGUCAAGUGUCAACCAGUCCUGGGGUUUCCAUGUUGUUAAUAUGGCCCAAUUGUAUUGGCCCAGUACAGAAGACCAACUCACUAAGCAGUAAGGUUUUCCCUGAGAGAAGUCAAAAAGCGGAGACUUGCUCUAACCCAUAAUAAAAUAAUUUAAUGCCCUAAUGCUCAGAUUACUAGAUUGAGGUCUGCUGUAGGAAUACCUCUAAAGUUAUUUUUCUUUUAUGUGGUGCGUGAUAGAAUUAUUGUAUGGUAGUAUUUGGUGCCAUGAUGCAACUGUAUCUUGGGGAGCAGUGCCAGAAAAUAAAAUAAGUCCUGCUAGCAUAGAUCUGGGCAUGUUAUUAGUACAGGUAUCUCUACUUGUAAUCCAUUUCAUUUGCAGCAUCCUAUAUGAUACACCUGGAAGCUUUUGCAUUUUAGGUUAGUGAUGCAACUUCAGUACUACCCAAGGUUUGUCCUCAAAUCACCGUACUUUUCUGUCUAUAGGACACCCCCAUGGAUAAGACACCCCCUAAUUUUUGGGACUCAAUAUUAAGAAAAUGGGGGGAGAUUAUCCAGAAUGGGAGAAAUGCCGGAAAAAAGCUCACCCAAAUUCCAAACACUUGCGAUCGAACGCAACGUAGAAACCUAUCAUAUUUCCGAUCGACACCAACAGCCGCCAGUCCCACGCCCAAUUGCCGCAGCAGAGCCCAAUCACCAGCAGCCAUUGUCACAGCAGCGCCCAAUCACAAGCGGACAUUGUCGCAGCAACACCUAAUCACAAGCGGACAUUGUCGCAGCAGCGCCCAAUCACAAGCGGACAUUGCCGCAGCAGCGCCCAAUCACAAACAGACAUUGUCGCAGCAAUAACACCAGUGACAAUCUACUACUCAAGACAGAAAUCAUUUCCCUCUGCACUACCCAUGUUUAAGACUACCCCAAUUUUUAAGUGUUGUUUUAAGGUAAAAAAACAUUGUCUUAUAGACGGAAAAGUACGGUAGCUUCUGUGAUGUUUCGCUACUGCUAGGGCAUGAAUCAAUCAAUGUUAUGACAGUGUGAUAUAGAAAUUGCUUAUUGUGAGUAAUAAUGUUUCCUAGCUGAUGCUGUUAUAUGACACUAAUCACUGCAGGCUACCAUAUACUCCGAAUGAACUCUCCUAUUUCUCUGGAGAGAACUCCUCACAUUCUGGUUUUUAUGUAUGUUUCAUGUUUGUGGCUUUAAAUCACAACAAAAUAAACUGUGUUUUGAAAUGCAUUCUGUUCCAUGGGACUCUUGCUCAUAAGCUUGAACAGGCUUACAGUAUAUUGUAUUCUGAUGUUAGAGAAAGAAUUGUAUAUGUAUGUUAACCUGCAAUUUAUGUAUCUACUUUCAAGCUUGUUUUAGGUUAGUGUCAUAUUAAGAGUAGAAUGGCUCUUAUUCACAGACAUUUGCCUUGAUCUACCAAAAGAGAUUUGUAUGUGGAUGCAGGCUUCCAUGUAUGUGGCUGAUAAAUAUAGCGCUGCAUUAGUAUUCAUAUUGCAAAGUUCCUCUGAGCCCAACUGAACUGUUUGGAUGCUCCUUUUGAUCUAGAUUAAAGGGAAGUAACAUGAAGAAGUUAACUUCAAGGUACAAUCAACAUGUUAGGUAAAGGUAAAGGGACCCCUGACCAUUAGGUCCAGUCGUGACCGACUCUGGGGUUGCGGCGCUCAUCUCGCUUUAUUGGUUGAGGGAGCCGGCGUACAACUUCCAGGUCAUGUGGCCAGCAUGACUAAGCCACUUCUGGCAAACUAGAGCAGCGCACAGAAACGCCAUUUACCUUCCUGCCGGAGCGGUACCUAUUUAUCUACUUGUACUUUGACGUGCUUUCGAACUGCUAGGUUGGCAGGAGCAGGGACCAAGCAACGGGAGCUCACCCCAUUGUGGGGAUUCGAACCGCCGACCUUCUGAUCAGCAAGUCCUAGGCUCUGUGGUUUAACUGGUCAAUUAUCUGUUAGCAAUGCAAUGGAUUAUUAUUAUUUUUUUCAGAUAUAAGUACUCCAAGACUGAAACUUGUUUGGUAGGAAGAAAAAGGCCCAGAGUUCCAUGAGAGUCCCCAUCAUCUCUGGCUAUCCCUGGCUAAAGGCAAAUAGCAGUUCCUGUAUUUUAGAACCAAUGUGGUACCCUCCAGAUGGAUUUGAACUGCAACUUCCAUCUUCCCUGACCACUGGCUACUACAUUAGUCAGAGAUUAUGGGAGUUGUAAGCUAACAUCUGGAGGACUCUACCUUGGCUACCCCUGCCUUGAGAAUAUAGGUUGGGGCCAUAGGUCAGUGGAUGUAAUUUUGCUUCCCACCUUUAUAUUUUGAGUCAUAUUUGGCAGCAGGAAACAUUCCAUUCAUAACAGCAACAAGUGCUUCAGCAACUUUUUAGCGUUUCCUCCAUGCCUGUGUUUUUAAAAUAUUGGGAAUUAAAUUAUCAAGUGCCUGAGGUUGUCGAGUGAAGAUGUAAAACAGCUGUAGAUCUAAUGCAUUUUUGUCAUUGAGUUUAUAUACACAAAUGAAAGACUAUAAUCGUCACUGUUUGUGGAAUGGAAGUAGCAAGCCAGACAUACCUGUAAAGUAAAAUAUACACACAUCAGCAUUCAUGCCAAAACAAGAUUGUUUACCAUAUUCUUUUAGGUGUUUAGAUACAUGAACACUUGUUCUAAGUAUGCUGAAAUGGAAAAAAGAAAUCAUGUUCUGGUCUUCUCAACUCUUGAGAUACAAUGCAAGGAAUACAUUGGAAAGAUGGCACCCACAUAUUUAGCUCUGAAUAUUUUAUCUUAGACGAAGCAUGCAAUUGUGUUGACAGUGCCCUUUCCUAAUGUAAGUUGUCUGGACUUGUUUGUUCUUCAUGCACUUUGCAGUUAUGACACUUGCUGUUUCCACUCCACUUGUGCUCUGCAUUGUGUGGCUUAAUUGGUCUAGGGCAGCUUUUUGUCUCUUCAUUAAUACAUUUAUGUUGUCACAGUGACUAAACAUUAUUUCGUCUUGUGUAGUUUAAGCAAGUUUAGGUAAACAUUAUUGUUUAGAUGGUUUGAUUAAAUUACUUUAAAUGCUUAAAAUAUUUUUAGUACAUGUACAAAUAAUAUUUUUAAAGUAAAGAAUACACAAUACAGUGGUACCUCGGGUUAAGUACUUAAUUCGUUCCGGAGGUCUGUUCUUAACCUGAAACUGUUCUUAACCUGAAGCACCACUUUAGCUAAUGGGGCCUCCUGCUGCUGCUGCCGCGCCGCCAGAGCACGAUUUCUGUUCUCAUCCUGAAGCAAAGUUCUUAACCCGAGGUACUAUUUCCGGGUUAGCGGAGUCUGUAACCUGAAGCAUAUGUAACCCGAGGUACCACUAUAUAAUAAAUCACAUUCCACAAACUUACAUCAGUAUAUCUCACUAGUUAAUGGAUGGUUAGAGUACCUUUUGUCAUUGUAGAUGAGCUUUAAGGACCACUUACUGAUGGUGAGUGGUGACUGCAACCCAGGAUGAUCGCAGUCUGAGCCAGGGACAAACUUUUGGUCCCACACGGCCUUGGGGGGGGACAAGACUCCCUUCUCCUCUGGCCAUGUGGGUUGCUGGGGCAUGUAUUUAAAUGGAGUUAUCAUGUGCAAGUAAAGGGGCAUGGCUUUCAUUGUGGACCUGAGUGAAGACUUCAGCCCCUAGUGUUCACUUGGGUCUGCUCAUGAGGCAUAUAAAGAAGCAUCACCCAGACUCACCAGCUCAGUUGGACCUGGAUUCCCUAUCCUCCCAUCCUAUGUAGCAUAUGGUCCUGAGCCUGAAGGUGAGAGGGCAGGUCCUUCGUAAGACCUUUCUAUGGAAAUAGUUGGUUGCAUAUUCAGAACCAGGGAGAAAUUUGUCUGCAGACAAAUUGGGCCUGUCAGGCAGUUUUGCCUACCUCAUGGCGGGUAUCCUUGGGCUGGAGCCUUAAUCUAGGAGGGGGGGCUGGGAGCCCACCCACUCCUGCUUCAGGUAAUUGGGGUUAACCCAUUAAAGGGGUCCAGGUGCAGGUGCUCUCCAGAUGUCCAAAGGAGGCCAAUGGGCCAUGGAAACACCCCCCCCAGCUGAAUGACGGUCUUAGAGGGAUCACCCGUAUUGGAUGUAUGUCACAUAGCGAUUCUUAACCCAGGACAGACCCUGCAAAAUAUUAAACCAGCAGUCGGGCUGAACGAUUCAGGAUAUAGUGGUACCUCUGGUUAUGAACUUAACCUGAAACCAUUCUUAACCUGAGGUACCGUUUUAUCUAAUGGGGCCUCCCGCUGCCAGCGUGAGAUUUCUGUUCUUAUCCUGAGGUAAAGUUCUUAACCUGAGGUACUACUUCUGGGUUAGUGGAGUCUGUAACCCAAAGUGUUUGUAACCCAAGGUGUUGUAACCCGAGGUCCCACUGUACAUACCCACUGCCUAUGUCAAAGCCUACUUACAUUUGUAAUCAAUAAAGUUGUGGUCUAUUUGAACCCAAGAUGUUUGUCCAGUGUGUCUAUUGUAUCAUCCCAUGCUUUGGACCUUGCUGGUUGCAGGUCUCCUGCUCCUGAUCCCGCAAGCUUCUCUUGCAAAUGAUGUGUCAUUGCUUAUUUUAUGUGCUACAUUCAGAUGUUCAAAAAUCCUGUUUUCCUUUUCUCUAUGGGCAAUAGGAAGUUAGAAUGAUCCCAGCAGAGGUGCUCAAAGUUUUAAGAAAUGCAGAUGAGAUUUGUUUUGUCAUAUAAAAACGCUAACUCUGCCACUCUUGCUUUAUUUUUAGACUGGCCUUUUGUGUCCCCACCAGUCAAGAAACUACCAUUUCUUUGAAUAGGCUAGGCACCCCCAUGAACGUAACAAAUGUAUCAGGAAAUGGCAUUGCUCCCUGGGCCCACAGAUCCCGAAUUCACCUCAUAUUCUUACAACAACUUGGAGACACUUUGCGAAGUGCAGGCAAAGAAAGGAUUCUUCUACAAAAAGGCCACACUUCUGCGUCCUGGGGAAGACUUGUGUUGCUUUGCCCACCGAGAGGACCGAACUGCGUAUGUGAUCAUCAAUGUAGGUGGCAUCAAAUACAGAAUCCCAUGGACCACAUUAGAGAAUUGCCCCUUGACCAGGCUUGGGAAGUUAAAAUCGUGUAACAACUACGAAGAGAUCAUGGAUAUCUGUGAUGACUAUGAUGUCAAUUGCAACGAGUUUUUCUUUGACCGCAACCCAUGUGCCUUCAGGACCAUCAUGACUUUUGUGACGGCUGGGAAGCUCAGGCUGCUGAGAGAAAUGUGUGCCCUCUCUUUCCAAGAUGAGCUGGUUUACUGGGGGAUAGAAGAGGAACACCUGGAGUGGUGCUGUAAAAAAAGGCUGCGACAAAAAGAGGAAGAGAUGGCGGAGGCUGCUCUGUUUGAAGAGGAAAUGCUAGCUAGUGAAGAGCCACAAUGUGCCUUCGAGGACAGUAGCCGCUUGCAGUUCUGCAUGAGAAAGCUCAGGGAUAUGGUGGAAAAUCCUCACUCGGGGAUCCCUGGAAAGAUCUUUGCUUGCAUAUCCGUUUCCUUUGUUGCCAUCACUGCAGUUAGUCUCUGUAUUAGCACCAUGCCAGAUCUCAGAGAAGAAGAAGACCGGGUAAGUGAACAGAAAUGCAUUUUAUAAAAAGUAAUGAUGCUGAAAAUAACAUAAAGUGCUGGUGAAGGUUCCACCUCAUCCCCAGCAUACAUCCUGAUAAGUCCAUGUUUGGUGCAUCAGUUUCUGUUUUCUGUAGAUGAAACCUAGUACAUUAUUAUGGAGAUACUAAAUUUCAAAAAUUAGUUUGAGCAGAUGUCUCCCAAAGUUCUGUUGCCUAGCUGCUGCUGUUGUAUUGCAACCUUUGGUUGGAUCAAAAGGUUUUCUUUUAGUGACAGAAAGAGCUUUGAGAAAUUGAAAUGCCGUCUAAGCAGAGUUGACUGAGACUUUGCUCCUUGAUCCAAUGUGUGUCUACUCAGGCUGCAUACACACAACAGUUCAUUCUAGAAUCAGUGGAGACUGAGUACUUGCAUGUGUACAAAAUUCUGACCAGUUUUAAGUGAAUUGUUUUUCAGAAUUCUUACUUAAAACCUUACAAAAUUUAAUAUGCUGUUAGACCUUUAAAAUAUCCCCUUCUAAAUUGCUUACAAAGUUUGCUGCUUCCCUCAGCACAAAAAAGACCACACAUUUGGUAAGUUUAAAACGGUUUACUUACAAACUCUUCAAAGUUCAGAUUUCAUAGGCUUUCCUAUACAGCAGCAAGAAAAGACAGGCAGUAUAACUUAGGUUCCAGAAUGGUAGGAGUUUCUAAAUUAUUUGUAUAGAAACACAAAGAUGGCUUGCUCCAAGUGGUCAAAGCUUGGAGCAUUCUGCUUAGACCUCCUUACUGGUAAGGUUCACAGGGCAGAAGGAUGGUGGAAAGUGGGAGAACAAAGAGUUUGGUAGCCCUUCCUCUCAAUGUGAGCGGAUGUGACCUGGCUAAGCCUAGCAGGACAGCUUGCUCUAUGGUGCUUAACCCCUUCAUUCAUUAAUCAGUGUUAAGCAUGUUGGUUAUAUGAGGCUGAUUUAUCCCACACAUACAGCCUGAAGCACUCCAGAGGUGAUUAUGUCCUCGGGCAGUGACUGCUGACAAAGUUUCAAAAAGUAAUUUCAGGAUAAAACAAAUUGUCUAUGAUAAUAAGCUGGUAUAAAAAUGUAAUAUCCUUGAAGCAGCAUAUUAUUGUAACUGAUGGUGACAAGCAACAAAGGGCAAAUAGUUAAUUAAUUAGAGCAGUGAUAAACUGCUUAUUGAUAUGCCAGGGCAAAGCAUAAAAUGGAACAUCGUUUUACCACAUAUAUCAAAAUCCUAACCUGUUGCUGCCAUACUACAAAGGUUUGAUUUUCAGGGGUCUGAUUCUGCUGUAAAGGGGCAGCUGGUGGCAGAAUCUCAUGUAACUGCAGAUUCAGCAGCAACCAUUGAUGUGUUGUCCUGUGAAAGUGGGGGCAAGACUCCUUUGCUUUUUCAGACCCGUGGCAGCCAUCUAAUACUUAAGGUGGUAUUGGGAAACUAAUAGAAGAGAUAGGCACUUCUUAAUACUUUUAACCAACUAAGCAACCUCCUGCCUGCUUCACUUGAUUAAUAAUAAUGGCUUGCUUUUAACUGUCUUCUGACCACUGUUUUACACAGCUGACAAGCAAAUAAAUAUAUUUAUUUGUCUGUCUGCUGUUUUGUUUUGUUUUGUUUUUUACUAGUUUAGUACAUCUUUUCAAUAUGCAAGUUCUGAUAUCUUUUUUUACCAAAAUGAUUUGGCUUUGAUUACCCAUUGCUUUUCAAGAAAUACUGACCUCUGCAUCUGGUUCUGAAUAGCUGAGAGAAAGAAGAAAUUUGGUUAACAAAAGAAACUUUGCAUUUAACGUUCACCAAUUCCUCCCCCAAACUAAGGCCGAAAAGGAAAGAAAGAAGAAGCUGCCUAGCUGGCCUAUUACUUAUGCAGAGAAAGGUACUGUGUGCCCAUAUCAACGUUUAUUAUAAUGGGAACAAUGCUGUUUAAGUAACAUCUGUGCAAAGGAGCCUCGCUGCUAGAUUCUCUUCUCAACUUACAAGUGAAAAACUGUUGCAAUUAAUGAAAUUUUAAUAGGAAUAUGUGGUUCAGUAGUCUUGAAUUGGACACUGUGUUAGAGGAGGAAGAUUUGUAGGUAUUAACCAUUAUAACUCAUACAGAGAACUUGAUAUUGUCAGAUUUUUUUUUUUAUUUUUUUUUUGCAUUAUACUACACAUACUUUAUUACACUUCUUGUUUUCCUGUUUUGUGCAGCAGCCAUGGUAGGAGAUGCAUGUGAAAACAAGUACUCUGUUUUAAGAAUUGGGAACUAGAAGCUUUGCUUCAUAAAACAAGCACAGACCUUGUUUCACAUCCAACUGGCAAUUUUACUAAAAUGGUUUCUGUUGUUUAUAUAUCAUUUUGAUAUAUAAUCUACUGUAACUAAGUGAAUCAGUUUAGGCUAUAAUUUGAGGAUCCAAGAAGUCAGAAAUCUGUGCCCUGGUAAGUCAUAAAAAUAUGUGGAACUGCCUUUAACUAAGUAAACCUGGACUCAGCUCUCUAAUGCAGUUCUCUAGCCAUGCAGUGUAUACAGAACUGCAUAUACUGGGGUGAAGUGUCCAUAAGAAUGUGUAUAUUAGUGAAAAUAACAUGCAAAAAGGCAUUAUUUUAGAGGAAAUUGCAUACAAAAGUGUAUGUUGGGAUAAAUUCUCAUGCAAAUGCUGGUUAAUUUUCAUGAGGACUUUAAAAAAAUCUCAGACUGAUGUGGAAAUGUGGAGAAUUGAACCUAGGGUUCAAAAAAUGAGAAACUGAAGUUGGCAUAUUUGUGCAUCCCUACCGUCUUCAUCUGUUUUGGUAGACCAUACCUACAAAAAUAAUAGGAAGUGCUAAAGUACCCUUUACCAGUACAAUAUACGGACAAAUCUGCACUCCAUAGGAAAAAAAGUAUCUGUUUUCUGACAUGAAUGAGGAUCACAUAACCAGAGUCAAAACGUGGAGGAAAAAAUCGGAUAUGGAAUUAUGAAAAACAUUGAUGAUGAUGAGAGGCAGGACUAUGAUGUUGAAAGAACUUCAGAAUUCAGACCGUCGGAAGCCAAAACAAAAAUUAUUACAAUUUGGAAGACAAUUGGACUUUUUUUUUUAGUUUUUUAUUUUCAUUGGAUUUGAUUUGAUAUGUUAAUUAGAUGUUCUAAUUGGAAAAUUAAUAAACGCUUUAAAAAAUAUUAAAAAAUACCCUUUACCACAACUAAGAGCUGGGACAUAGUGCUAUAAGGACUUGUGAGAAUACUGCACCCAGGCUAAUAUGGAUUUAGGAGUUGCCACAGUGUGGAAGCACCAACCUUGCAAAGAAAAUGACAGCCUAACAUUUUAGGCAAGUGGUUGCUUUAUAACCUUUGUUGAGAAAGCUCCUGUCAAUUUGUGUCUUUUCAAUGGUAGUGCUGGGACUAACAGAAGAGGGAAUGCCUUUGCCAGUAUUGGCACAGAAGAGCGAGCCAAAGCCAAAGCUCGCUCCAGUUGUAUGUUUUCAGUCAAAAUGAUUGGUUGCUGCUUAGUUUCAUGCAGUAGGUCACUCAUGAGCCAGAUGACUCACUUGAAACAGACUGUAUCUAAGAGGAAGUGUUAGGCUUCUAGUUCACUGGCAGGAAGCAUGGCUUAGAGCCUCAUCCUUCUGGCUUCAGCAAACAUUCCUGGACACAAAUUAAACUACAGAGGGUACCACAAAUAUCCAGGACACUUUGCCAUCUUGAAACUGGAAACUUGAUUUUAACGGGAGAGAUAUUGCAGGAGUGUGGUUUUACUGAUUUGAUACUGCUUCCCCACAUCUCAGCCCCACAAAGCAUUUGUGCAAUGAUCUUUGAUACGUAGAUCUUGAUGGCUGGAUUGAUUAAAUUCUCCACCCUCAAGUGGAAGAACCUGUAUAGCUGUCCAGUAGAGGGGACAGAUACAGUGGUACCUUGGGUUACAUAAGCUUCAGGUUACAGACUCCGCUAACCCGGAAAUAGUACCUCGGGUUAAGAACUUUGCUUCAGGAUGAGAACAGAAAUCGUGCUCCAGGGGCACGGCGGCAGCAGGAGGCCCCAAUAGCUAAAGUGGUGCUUCAGGUUAAGAACAGUUUCAGGUUAAGAACGGACCUCCGGAACGAAUUAAGUACGUAACCAGAGGUACCACUAUAAUAGCUUAAUUGCAUCCACAUGGGGUUUCCUUGAACUCUUUUCAUCAAUAAGUAAUCCUAGGUAUUUAAAUCUAUGUACUUGCUCGAGUGUAUGACCAUCUAAUGUCCACUUGGACUCGGUAACCCUCUUACCGAAUAGGGCAACCUUAGUUUUGGCAUAUUUAACUUUUAGGUGUUCUUUUUUACAGUUGGCCAAAUUUGACCAGCAUCCUUCUGAGUCCAGUUUUGUUGAAAGAGAGCAGGACUAGGUAAUCAGCAUAAAUCAAAAUGGACACUUCACUGGUUUUACUGUACAGAACUAAAGUCAAUGAGAGAAAAUGUUUUUCUGAUAUGGGUUUGUUGACCAUGCUCACAGUAGUUCUAUCUUGCAUUCACUUCAAUUUUCUAAUUCUCCUUCUCAGUCCAAGCCUUUAAAUAUGAACAUAAUUAUGUGCCCACAUCAACACUUGUCACAGUUUCACAGGGCCAGAUAUAAUCUUUGAGCAGGAUUCAACUAAUGAGUCCUGUCGGGCAGAACCCACGCCCAAGGACUCCUGCCUGCUCAACAGGGCUUUCCCCGCCUCUCCUCCCCCAUGUGCUUCCCAAAAUCAACUCUAGGAGUGUUGGGAGAACCGCCAGAAUGACACACAUGGAGAGGGGGUGGGAGAUUGUUCUGACAGGCAAGCCAAAACAUUUGCCCUGGCAGAAGGGUCACCUUAGUGUGGCAAUGGGUUCCUCCUUUUGCAUGCUUCUCAUCAUACAUACAAAAUGGCACAGUAUAAUUUUUAAACAUGAAUUGUGAAAAUGAUGUAUAUACCUAUACAUCUUUCUUUGACUGGGGAAAAAAUGGAGUUGGAGACUGGGGUCAUUAUGACUUGAGAAGAGACGGUAAGAUUUCAGGAUCGUGGGGCUGCCAUGUUCUGAACUUAUGCUAGUAGACAAAUAUUGCAGUUGCCUGGAAUUCCUGUGCAGUUGUACAAGCCUGCCAAUUAAAAAAAAAAUCAUAUAAUGAAGAAGGGACAAUAGUUACAAAAAGAGCAACUGUGUAGGAGGAGCAGGGUCAUGUGGGCUGGUCCUUUUCUCAAUUCCCUGUGUGUGUGUGUGUGUGUGUGCUGGAGCGGGUGCUGCUGCCAUGUGUGGGGAUGUUGGGGAUGGGAUGGCCCAUGCGCCCUUGUCUCCUUACCAGCAGGAAUGCCUGCAUAGUGCUGUUGAGCGACCUGAAUCUCACAAAAAGCUAGUACUUCUUGGUAAGGUGCAUGGUUUCGUACAAAAAAAAAGUGGAGCACAAAUAGUGGCAAAUCGCAGGGUGCUGCAGUGAUUCUGUCCCUCCUUGUGUCUGUUAUCAGGAGCAGAUUAUCAUCUUCUGAUGUGGAGGCCUAUGCAGGCUGACCACAGAAUCAUAGAAUUGCUGCAAUUAGUUUGAGGGAGAAAGAGGAAUGGUGACAAGACUCCACAGCAGAAUCUUCUUUGUUCCUAUAUCAGCUGCAGUUGUACUUACUGUGAAAGAAAUCAUAAAACUUCAUAUUUCGGGAUUUAACUGGUGACUUUUAGUAUGUAUAUGAGCUCUGUUCAGCUCUCAGUAUCACCUUUAUUGAGGACCAGGCGUUUUACUCUGAACGGAUUAAGGGGAUUUUUUUUUUACUGCUGUUAUCCAGUCAUUAUAUUAUUGGCUCUUGUGUUGCUGUUUAAAUGGAAAAAAUAUCAAUUGGCUUAAAACAUUCUGAGUAGGAUUAAACAUAGUUGUUGGGAGAAAGCAAAGGCAAUAAAUAAAUAAAUGUGGAGGUGUUCUCUGACAAGUGCUUUAGUUAUGUAAGAACACCUAUAUACAGUAGAGCUCUGGCAUAUUUUUCAGAUGUUAUGACUAUGCACACACAAGUAUCGACCUGUGAAAUCUCAGUAGAUUUCCCCUGCUCACUAUAUUUUGCCCAUUUUCAUGUGCAUGCGUCCAUUCACUUCUGUUGUAUUUGUACACAUAUCUUGCAGUUAUGGAGAAAGUGCUAUGCGUGCCACAGAUCUUCCCAUAAGGAAGAAUGUUUUUUUUUAAAAAAAUCACCAGGCACCUCCAUUCAUGCUUUCUUCUGAACAUAUACAGGUUAGGGGAUCUCCUCAAAACCCUCCCAGGUGCAUUCAUUGCCCAUGAGUUUGACAUCUCAAAAGUACUAGAGCUAUACUAUAUUGAGGCAGUGAGGAGGUGGAACUCAGCUUGGUAUCUUUAGUAUCUUGGUAAACAAAACAUACACUGGUUACUAUUUCCUUUGAUAUCAGGUCUCCCCUGGUAUGGGUACAUUAGUAUUAUUAUUUGUAUACAGUAUUAUCUGUACAUUCAUAUGUGGUGCCAUUGCCUCCACUUGGUGAGUUUUUGGGACAAAGACUUCAACCACCUGACACUAAAUACUGUCUUCUGGAACCAUCCUUGGAAAUAAGUCCAGCACCACUGUAGGAACAUGACCAAUCUCCCACAGGAGGACACUAUGGUCAAUGAUAUCAACAGCUGAUGAGAGAACUAAGAGUAACAGGGUUGUACUUCUCCUGGGCCUCCCCUGAUAAAGGCCGUUCAUCAGGGCAACCAAGACCAAUUCAGUCCCAAACCUAAGUUUGAACCCAGAUUGGGAUGGGUCUAGAUCAGGGUGGCCCAACCUCUAAGUGGGCCGCAAUAAUACUUUGCCACGGGAACUCAUGGGCUGCACACUGCUUUGUUGUGCAGCGGGAGGGAGGCAAAAAUUUGACACCUUCCCCAGUCCUCACGCUUACAAAGCUGGUUAGUGGGGUGCUGGGCUUUGGGAAGGAGGUGCAAGGCUCUGGCAGGGUCCUAAAGUGAUCCUGUGUCCUUCCCAAAACUGGGAAUGUGCUAAAUAGGCUUUGGGAAGGAAGGACUGUAGGACCCUGUCAGAGCCCUCAUGCCUCAUUCUCAAAGCCCAGCACCUUGCUUACCCCUGCUUUGCAAAGGCAGCAUGAGGGCUGAGGGGGCAUCAGAUGUUGCCAAGGCCAUUAAGAAAGGCCUCAAAAGCCACACGCAUUGGACCAUCUUGGAGACAAAUCUGUUUCCUCCAGGAAUGCCUGCCUCUGCGGCACCAUGACCGUCCCAACUACCUUGUCCUCGCUUGUGACCUGGCAGUAGUUGUUAAAUACCUAUCAAGUUCAGAGCAUUUUUUUCAAGAGUGGUCACACCACAGCUUCAUACAAAGACACCAUACCCUGGGCACACCCAGUAAUGCCCUCCCCCAGCCUCUUAGCUCACCCAAUGGGGAGAGAGCUUUAUUGUAGAGAUACAAGAAAGUAUUAACUCUGCUGUUCAGUCUGAUAUCCCUGUUUGUUGAGGAUAAGACUAUUAGUGGCUUCAACUCAUGAUGGUUGUACAACCUCCAGCAUCCAAGGUUGUAUGCCUCUGAACACCAAUUGCUGGGUACCAUGAAUUGAGGCUGCCCUGCUGAUGUGCUUCCCACGGUCAGCUCCAGUGAAAGUAGGAUGAAAGUAGGUAUUACAUCCAAUUCAUCAGGGCUCAUUUUAUAUUCUUAAAAUACAUGCAUCUCUCUUCACCUGAGGCAGAAUAACAAUUUAUUAUGUGAAAUUUGUAAGUGAAAACAACUCAUGCUUAUCAUCCUAAUAAACUAUCUGUCGUACAACCUAUUUACUUUCUGGAGGUGAUUAACACUCCUAGGGAAGUUAAUAGCAAAAAAGCUAACAGUGAAUUGCAGCUAUAUUUGGAAGUGGAAGAGCAAUCACAGAAAAAAAUCAUCGUUAUUAUUCUUCAUUGGUGCUUAAGUGCUGUGAAGGUGAGUUAGUUUGUUGCGUUUCAAACGAGGGCAUUGUUCGUCUUCUAGUAAGGUACUAAUAAUCACUCAUUCAAGCAAGGUUUUGCGCCAGAGAUAAAAUAAAAUAGCAGUGAUUAGUUUUAAUUUAUAUAUUGGAGGGGAAAUUGUUCUGUAAAACAGAACUAAUAGAGUUCUGUUCUCAUAGAGAAGCACUCUUUAGUACAGCAGCACUUUUUAGUACAGGAUAGUUGUUCUCAGCUUUUUUGCAGAGGGUCAGGACUCAUGCAUGAACUGCGCUCAGUCUCUUGCCUGAACAUGAAACACACUAUUUCUGUGUGCUACUUUGACAGUGCUUUAACACUCAUCUGUGGGAUUUUGACUUGGGGAAAUAGCUGCUAUAAAGAUAUGUAAGGAUUCAGCAGGGGGUCUUAUCAACACUAAAGGUUAGAACGCCACCUGCUCCCCCCCCCCCCAUGGGGGCAGGUAGAACUUUUCUAAAAAUAAAGCAUUGCCACCAAGACUAAAUCCUGAAAAUGUAGGGCUUGCAAUAAAGAAGGCGGGGCAUUUCUUUAGGGACGAGGUCAUUGCAUAUUCAAGAUAAUUACAGUUUUAAUUCUACAGGAAAUUACUUGUGUAUGACAUUCGAAAAACAUGCAUAUGCACUGGCAUAGCAUGGGCUUCUCUGUGAAUGUAGCAACCGACAACAAAUAAUGUUGCUAGCUAGGAUUCUGUAUGCGCAGAAAUGGAAGGAAGAAGUGGUUCCAACCAAAGAAGAAUGGAUAAAUAAUGGACUAUGCAGAACUGGCAAAAUUAACAGACUCUAAUGAUGAGUGUUUUAUGGAAAAAUGGAUGCCUUUAUUGGACUGUUUAAAGAAAUACCAUAGUAUGAUGUACUUGUGAGCAGGAUUUGAGCUAUGAGUAACAGAAGUAAUUUGAUUAUAAUAUUGUGGUUAUGAUUUGAUAGAUAGAAGAUAGGCUGCAACAGAAGGGAAAAACAAUAACUCCAUGGGAAAUGGGGGUGGGAUGUCGACAAAAAUGACGAAAUCAUGUUUUGACUGUAUAUGUUAAAAACGUUGAAACUUAAUAAAAUAGAAUUGGAAAUGUUGCUGCUGUGCUACGUGACUCUUUCAUUUUCUGUCUUCUCCACAGGGUGAAUGUUCCCAGAAGUGCCAUGACAUCUUUGUUCUGGAGACGGUCUGCGUGGCUUGGUUUUCCUUUGAGUUUGUCUUGCGCUCCAUCCAGGCAGAGAGCAAAUGCGCCUUCUUGAAGACUCCACUCAACAUUAUAGACAUCUUGGCCAUCUUGCCUUUCUACAUCUCUUUGAUUAUAGAUACAGCCUCUACCAAAAACACUGACAAACCUGGGGGUAGUGGCGGUGGCAGCGGUGGUGGAAACAAGUACUUGGAGAGAGUGGGCCUUGUCCUCCGCACCUUGCGAGCCCUCCGUAUCCUGUAUGUCAUGCGCUUGGCCAGGCAUUCACUGGGGCUGCAGACCCUGGGGCUUACUGUACGCCGUUGCACGCGGGAAUUUGGGCUCCUGGUCCUCUUCCUUUGUGUCGCUAUGGCACUCUUCUCCCCACUGGUUUACCUGGCGGAGAGUGAAAUGGGAGCCAAGCAUGAAUUCACCAGUGUCCCCAGCAGUUACUGGUGGGCUGUCAUAUCCAUGACAACUGUUGGCUAUGGCGACAUGGUACCUCGUAGCAUUCCUGGCCAGGUGGUCGCCCUGAGCAGCAUCUUGAGUGGCAUUUUGCUAAUGGCUUUCCCUGUCACGUCCAUAUUCCACACUUUUUCCCGCUCGUACAUCGAGCUUAAAGAGCAACAGCAGAGAGCUGCUAGCAGACAGUACCAUCAUGUGGAAGAAAGCACCAGAACUCUGAAUGAGGACAGUUUCCAUGAAGGAGAUGCCACAUGUUCACAAGAGGUUGAUGCAGAGGUGGCUCACGCAGAGACUGAACAGGGAACUAAGAGUUGCUGACUCUAGUGAAACUGAAGUAUUGUAGGAACUCCAUGGGAACGAGGGCGAGUAGAUAUUUGUCGUAUCUGAAACAGCCCCUGAACUGCCCAUAUCAGAGUACUCAGCCAAACACAGUGUUGGAGAAAGACUGCCCUUUUAAGCAUUGGCUUAAGUGACCAAUCCUGUUUCUUAAAAUAAUACUGAAGACCAUUCAUCUGCAACAUCCUUAGAACACAAGAUACUUUUCAGCACUCAAGAGUGAUCUUGAAGGAACAGCAGUUUAAAAGACAGGUUUCCACUGUGCACAUAGGGGGGAAUAACACUGCAAAAACAGUAGUGUGUAUGUUUUUAAAUAAGCGCCCCAAAUUCAGGGUAAAAUACAUGUGCCAUAGGACUGGGAGCAAGAGAUAGAUUGCACAAUAACAUUUUUUUCCUAAAGCCUGUACCACAGGUGGUUUCAUGGUUUUGUAAAAAGUCAUGGAGUAUUGCACAGAAAGGGUUAAAGGUAAAUUUGAAAGUAUGGGGACAAAGGGCCAUUUCUGACAAAAGCUACCCCUAGUUUACCUCUCUGUUUAAUUUUUUCUUCAAUAGAACGAAAAUCAAUAACCACAAUUCUGGCUGCCUGCCGACAGGUCUGACGUGUGCUUUAGCUCUUUAUGCAUUAUUUAAUAAAACAUGCAGAUUUAGCACAGUAAGCUUUUGCAUCCUAGCUUGGAUGGCAGACGUAUACAAUAUGUUCCUUUUUGCUCAGAUUUGAAUGUAUAUUGUUUUAAAAUGAUGCUUUUUACUUUCAAUGUUUGGUAUCUUAUUGCACUUCUCAGGAGGUGGCGCCCAUUGGUGCCAAGAUUUUCAAAACUGAAGAAAACAUAUCUAAGAAAGGUCAGUGUCUGGUUGGAGGACAUUUAGUUCCCUCCCAUCAUCCACGAAUAACUAAAAGGCAGGGUGCCCCCCGCCCCGUACAUAGAGUUUGUGAACAUAGGUGAGGAGGUAGGAAAAAGAACAGGGAGAUGAUACUACAUACUGUAUAGCCAGGGCGGUUUGUAGUCAUCCCCCCUCCCGCCAAGGGUAAGUAGGCAUGCCAAAAACUCCCAUUUGUGUUUAUGAGAGCUGUUUUUCCAAUGCCUAAUUGCCCCACCAGGAUGGGAAGCACCUGGUGGGAGAACGCGAGAAGGAUGAGGCAGGAGGGAAGAGAGAUUAGGUAUGUGGAUGUGAAUAGAGGGAUAGGGCAAGGGAUGCAAGAGGGAAAGCCAAGCCCUCCUGUUGCCUGCUCAGCCCUUGGGGAAAUAAAGGUUCCCCAUCCCCGAUGUAAUAGGAACAGUAAAGACAAGUGAUGCAGUAUUAUUAUUAUUUAUUAAAUUUAUUAGUAGCUUUCUUGCCAUGGCAACUCAAAGCAACAAUUUUAAGCAAAAAAUGAACACAUGCCUACAUUGAAUUAAUAAAAGAAAUCUAAAAAACCUUUCUGAUUGAUUUUUUUAAAAAAGUAGAUAAAAGCUGUAGGUAAUUAAAAGCCAAAGGUGUAAUGAAAAAGGAUUGUUUUUGCCUGGUGCCUAAAGACAUGUAAUGAUGGUCCCAGGUGAGCCUUCCUGGGGAGAGCAUUCCACAAGCGAGGAGCCACUACUGAAAAGGGCACACAGUUCUCAUGGUGCAGAGGACAGCAUAUGAAAAAGCUGAACUUUCAAUGUUGUGAAGAUGCACAGAGAAGAAGCACAAGGCUUUUUGCUUCCUGUAUCAGUGAUAUGCAACAGCUGCUGUUAUGAUGUAGAACAAAGACUGAAAGAAGUUAUGCUCUAGUAGGAUUGAGAAAUCUCUCUCUCUCUUUCUCUCUCUCUCUCUCUCACACCCACACCCACCCACACCCCAACACCCCAACCACAAAAACAACAGAAUACUCCUUUCUCACCACAGACUUGGUUACAUGUGGAGCAUGCAAACAAUUUCUUCAUAGCUGUCCUACACAGAGUGAGCAGUAGCUACAGGAGUCGGCACUCUGCUAUUUUCCUACUACAGUCAAGCAGCAGUUUGGCACAUAUCUUAGUUGCCAUGAGCCUCACCCCAUCACCCUACAAAAGCAAGUGCUUCAGAUCUGAGCAAAAAAAUAAGAGCAUCAUCAGCCUUGGGGUUGUUUUUUUUAAAGUUUCUAGUGGAGGAAAGUAGUAACUAGUAAGGCAGAUGUUCAGCUUCUCUUCAGAUGAGUUAAUUUGUGGUCAGCAAGGUUGUGAGAAAAAUGACAUUCCAGAUCAUAUUCAGGACCAUGGAAGUCUAUUGAUUUCAGGUUUUUUUUACUAACAAAAUAGCUACUGUUUUUCAAAAUGCUUCUGUCCUUAGUAAAUAAUAAUCAUUUUAAACAUAGCUUUGAAUUAAUAUUUCCUGUUUCUCAUUACCACUUGUUCCAAGAUAUUUGAAAAUAAAAUUCUCUUGAAGCACCCCC